AUGGCCGGAGAGGAAUUUGAAGAGCCCACCGAGGGUGAAAGCACCGACUCGGAGGAGGAGACCAGGAGCGCGCCGAGCCAUUUGGCAGAACUGUUGCCCCGGAGAAAGCAAACCAUGUUGUACGGGUCGGGAAGCCAGAGCUCUAGCCUAGAGAGCUGCUCGUUUUCUCACUCCAGCCUGUCUCAGUCUCUGGAAGAAAGUAGCCCGUUUGUGGAGCCGGCUUCGGAGCAUGCCCUAAGUCAUAAAUCGGAGGAAACGCAUACUAUCAAGCAGAAACUCGCUCUUCGAUUGAGUGAAAGAAAGAAGGUGAUUGAGGAACAGGCUUUCCUUAGUCCUGGCAGCAAAGGGAGCACAGAAUCCGGCUAUUUCUCCAGGUCAGAGAGUGCCGAGCAGCAAAUCAGCCCACCAAACACCAACGCCAAGUCUUAUGCAGAGAUUAUUUUUGGCAAAUGUGGGCGAAUUGGCCAACGGACUUCCAUGUUAGCGGCAGCCACUGCCCAGGAAUUUCCCCAAGUAUCGUCCGAGGAGAAACUCAGCACAGUUCCUUUGUCUGUGCCCAGAACGCAGGUUAUUGAACAUAUCACCAAACUGAUCACUAUUAACGAAGCCGUUGUUGACACCAGCGAGAUCGAUAGCGUCAAGCCCAGGAGAAGUUCAUUGUCCAGACGCAGCAGCAUUGAAUCGCCAAAGUCCGGCCCGUACAGAGAGCCCUUUGCGUUAGAAAUCAAACCCGGCUCCGGUAGCCAGCUCGAUUCAUCCAAGUCACUGAUGCCCCACAUGGAAAAAAUGAAGCCUGAACAAUCGUUGCUAUCACUCCAGCAUUCCCACAGUGCCACAGAGACAGUGCCUCUCCUACGAAGCCACUCUAUGCCUUCAGCUGCGUGCACCAUCAGCUCCUCCCAUACCUUUAGAGGUAGCUACUCUUUCGAUGACCACAUCACCGAAUCGGAGGUCCAAAGCCACGGUCAGGUGUCUUCCCACCCACGCAUGCUAAAACGGCAGCCCGCCAUCGAACUUCCAUUGGGGGUGGAGUAUGGUUCGGAGGAUGUGGGCACGGCGAGCAAAGAAAGCACUUCCAAAUCUCCUGAGGAACAAGAAACCAAGGAGAGCGAGCUCACAAAAAAGUCAAGGAAGGGCGCGAAAACAAAAGGGUUCAUGUACGAGUGCAACGUUUGCGGUGCUCGGUACAAGAAACGGGAUAAUUACGAAGCCCACAAGAAGUAUUACUGUUCAGAACUGCAGGUCUCCAAGCCCCGAUCUUCCAGUUCUCAUUUUUCGUUGGAAGCCGAGAAGGGUUCCGUAGAAUCUGAUCCUUGGCCACAGAUGAUGCAUUAUAAGCUGGGGACAAGUUUAGAACUAACUCCGCUGAGGAAAAGGCGUAAGGAAAAGAGCCUCGGUGAUGAUGAGGACCCCCCGGCUUUUGAGUUGACCAGUCCAUCUUCCUGUAGCUCUGGGGCAGCCGCUCAGUUUACUAGCUUGAAACCCACUGAUGUGGCCUUGAACCUGACUUCCGAGUCCAUGACGUCACCAGCAGACCUCAGCAAAUCGAUGCCGCUCUCUGACGCCGGUGUCACUUUCCACUCUAGGACUACAAAACCAUCUUUUGGUACGGAGGUCAAGGAGAGGAGGACGACCUCAAAGGAGAUCUCUGUCAUCCAGCACACAAGCUCCUUUGAGAAGUCGGAUUCUAUUGAACAACUGAGCAGCUUGGAAGGGGAGGAAAAGCUGUCGUUGCCCUACACUUCUCAGUCAGCUGCACAGCAGAGCCGGCCGACUCAUUCCCUGCAGCCAAAGCUUGUGCGUCAACCCAACAUCCAAGUCCCUGAGAUCCUGGUCACAGAAGAGCCGGACAGGCCAGAGACGGAGCCCGAACCUCCCCCUAAAGAGCCGGAGAAGACGGAGGAGUUUCAGUGGCCACAGAGAAGCCAGUCUCUCUCCCAGCUUCCUGCAGAGAAGCUGCCACCCAAAAAGAAGAGGCUGAGGCUUGCAGAAAUGGCUCAGUCUUCUGGAGAAUCCAGCUUUGAGUCAGUGAGGAGCCCCAGUCAGGAGAGCAGCAUCUCCCAUGCCUCCAGCCGCUCAACGUCAUUUGAACGCGAGGAAGCUGCUUCCCAGUCCUCUGAAUCCCACAUAAAACCUAUUGGGCUCGGCCCACACAUGCUAACAGUGCCAGGCCACCACCACCCUCACCACCCUACCCGAGAAAUGCGGAGGUCCGUCUCUGAGCAGACUCCCAACGUCUCUCCCUCCUCUCCAAUGUCGGAGACCCGCAGCAAAUCAUUUGACUAUGGGAGCUUAUGCUCCUCCUCUCCCACUUCCCUGCCCCGCCCACCAACAACAUCAGCAGCACAGGAGAGGAGGAAAUGUUUCCUGGUGAGGCAGGCGUCUCUUGCUGGGCACCCAGAGCACGAGCCGGACUCUGGCUCCAAAGGAGGGACAGAAACGGAAGAGCUGCUGCUGUCUACAAGCAAAUCUUCAGCUGCAAGUUUGCCCCAGCAGCAACCACCGUCCUCUUCCUCCUCCUCUUCUCAAAGAGGCUACCCGGCUGACAAGGGUGAGCCAAAAGACUGCCCUGAGCGCACAUAUACCCAUCCCUACACUGAAGCUCUGCAGGUGUUUCACCACCCAUCGGCGCAAUUGACGCUCCACGAAAAACAGUACAUGGCCCCGCAGAUUUCUCUCUUGCCAUUCCAGCAUCUUUUGCCACCAUCGGGACAGACGGUGGAGCUCUUCUCCAGCCAGACAAUGACCGACCUCUUUUCCGCUCAGUAUUCCAUCCCGCAAAUACCGCACUCCAUCUUUGAGAAUGCAGCCAUCCCGCUGCAAGACACUUUGCUGCACCCAGGCCAGCUUCACAUUGCCCCUCCGCUGCUGUCCCACCCAGGCGACGUGGCACUCAGGCAGAGCCCAUCCCUUGUCCCUGUGCACUACCCAGGCUCCCCACCGCUUCAUUCUGCCUUUUUCCUGCCCCUCCAUUCCCAGCUUGCUCUUCAGUUGCCAAGUGACAUUGGUGCCCAUUUGCCCCAGCUCAAAUCCAGGCUCUCUCCACCCACCGGAAGUCCCAUCUUUUCCCCAUUUGCAGACUACAGCUCUGAGAGCAGACUGCAUAUUUUGGCCCGGCCUAGCAGCCCCUCUGCAUCUGUCUCCAUCUCUCAGUUGGUGGUGCCUGCACGAUCUGAGCCUGUCGUGUCGCUAGUGGUCCCAGUUCGCAUUCAGACGAACAUGCCCUCCUACGGAAGCGCAAUGUAUACAACCCUUUCUCAGAUCCUGGUCACUCAGUCACACUGCAGCGCCUCUUCUAUCAUCCUGCCCAGAUUUGAUGAGUAUGAGGCCAAGGGUACCUUGGUUUGCACCGCUAACGUUCACGGAAUCGGCCUUGAUCUGGCACAGAUGAUCACCGAAGAGCAGAAGAGCAUCUUCCAGACACCCUACCUAAGGCUGCCGCUGUCACUCUCGGAAAAGAAAGGCUACAUUCCUCUUGGCUCGCCAUCCGAAAGCCUGUUGGAUCUUGAAGGGAGUCCGUCGACUGUCGGAGGAAGCAAGCGGAUGCUGUCUCCGGCUGGAAGCUUGGAACUCACGAUGGAAACCCAGCAGCAAAAAAGGGUGAAGGAGGAAGAGUUCUCUGAGAUGGAGGAGAAGUCGGAAGCAGCGGUGGCCCCCAGUGCAACAGAGGAAGGGAAGAAGCACAACCAAAGGAGAGUCAAGUCAGAAAUGCCCCCGGACGUAUCGCCUGAGCAGUCUGAGUUGGAAGAAGUCCAGGGAACUUUAUGGCCAGCCUCUCCACAGCCUGAGGUCUCGAGCUCUGAGGGGCGAGAGGAGUCUAAGCAUCCAGCUGGCAAGCAGUUGCAAAGCAAGGAAUCCCCGCAGAUGGUGAAGAAAGAAGAUUUGAAAGAGCCUGUGGAGCCACCUGCAACAACCUCCCCAAGUCCAGCUCUUCGUUCUGAGGCUGCCCAAAGUUCAAAGAAGUCCCAAGAGGGGCCAGAUGUCAAGAAGGUAUUUCAGUUCCCCAGUCUCCAUACAACUACUAAUGUCAGUUGGUGCUAUUUAAAUUACACAAAGCCAAAUCACAUUCAGCAAGUUGACCGAAGGUCCUCGGUGUAUGCCGGCUGGUGCGUUAGUUUGUAUAAUCCCAACCUCCCCGGUGUGUCCACCAAAGCAGCCCUUUCACUCCUGCGCUCCAAGCAAAAGGUGAGCAAAGAAACCUACACCAUGUCUGCUGCUCCACGUCCAGAGGCAGGGAGGCUUGUGCCCUCAAGCGCCGGGAACCCCAAAAUGUCGGAGGUAAGGAAAUUGGGUUUUCCUUUUGUCCUCACCUGUUUUGUAAGAAUUGACGUGGAUGCUGCCAUUAAAAUAUAGAAGUGGAUAGAAGUGGAUAUAUUAGGGAAAUGUGUGAACAAAACUGGAUAAGUGAAAAUAAUGUGCCAGAUUGCAUCGUACUGUGGGAAAUUUGCCUGGAAAGAUGCAUGCAAAAAUGUACAUAUUAGGAGAAAUGUGCGUUAAAAUGCACACAAAUUUUCAUAUACGCUUUUUGUUUCUUAAGUUGCCAUCUUAAGUUUGGGAAAAUGAGAAAUGGAGGUAAACUGAAAUGGACAGGUUCAUUCAUCGCUAGAGCAGAUCCAAGACAGUCUGCCACUUAAGAAGAGCUUCACACGGUACAGAUCAGUCUGGGGUAAACAUAGCUGCUGUUUAUGAAGACAUGCUAGAAAUCAUAGCGUUACACGACUGUCCUGGAGAAAAAGCUGUGUUUGGGCUAUUUUCCAAUGAGAUGAAAAGAAGAUCAAAUGCUUAGAACCACUUGGGGGUCAUUCAAAGAGGGAUGUUUGGGGUAUGUUUGGUUUGGUUUUGUUUUUUGUGGGGAGGGGGUGGUUGUGUGCUGGACUGGUUAACUUCAAAGCAUGCUAAAGGCAUCGCUCCAGUACGAAAAUUUAAAUGAAAUCCAGAUUGCUUUUGGAGAACGGUCCCAGCAACUUAACCAGAUUCAUACCUGACUUCCUUUCUUCCCUUGUCCUGUAGAAAGAGUUAUCUAGCUGACGAGGGAUUCCUGGGCACUGGGGAUCCUGUUCUACCCUCCCACCUGAUUUCCCAGGCCUUGACCGGUCAGAAGGUUUUGAUUCUUAGUGCCAGGGAGAUGCUGGGGUGGGUGUUCAUGAUUCAGCCCCAUACCCAUUGGUCACAACUUGUUCCAGAGUCACCCAGUGAGUUUAGUGGCUGAGUGGAGACCUGAACCCCCAAUCUACCAGGUCUUAGUCCUGCAUGCUAAUGACAGAAGUGUUCAGAAAUGCCCUGUCCCUUCCCGCUUCAAGCGCUGAAUGAAUGCUUGAACAGUUAUCCAUACAAGAUGCUCGUGGCAGCUGGGGACAGACUGUCUACCUGAAAUCUGAGAAGGAGUGGAGAGGAAGGACUGGAGUUCAGUCUUGAGGCUGGACAGUGAAGGUGGGAGGUGCAGAACUCACUGCACAGUAGAAAAACUCGCAGCUGCUCUUGUGUCCGGUGAUCUCCUGUACGACUCCUAAAAUGCACAGGGUCAUGCAAACCAAGCAGAGUCCUCAGUCCAGAUUCCUCAGGUUCUUUUUAUGCAACUUUAAAGCAAUUGUUCUGCCCCAUUGCUUGUUCCCACCCACCCCAUGCAGCUCGGACCGGUAUCACCAGGUCUAAAAUGAGAACCUUCCAAACCAGGUUUAAAUCUUUCACUUAAUUAUCACUGAAGUUAGCGUGGCUGCUGGGUUUCCUCCCCGACUCUCCAGAGAGAGAGAGCCUUGUCCAAGGUGUCUGUCUUUGGUAACAAGCCUUUGGAAGAAUAAUAAAACCGUUACUUUCAUCCUUUGGCGAGGUAGGUUCACCUGCCUUCGCUCCUCCCCAACGAAGGUCGAAAGGACGAAAUGAGAACUGAAAAGGAAGAGGAGAAAAGAGGAAAACCAGAAGACGACAUUCCCAUAUCCAAACGGGGGGAGCCAGCCCGGAUCAAGAUCUUUGAAGGAGGGUGAGUAUUGUGCUUCGCACUCCAUCUCCCGUUGUGUCUGUCUGAUGGAAAGCUGUCCUCUUGAAAGCAGCUUGUCAGUAAAAGAUGCCACAUGGAAGUCGGCAGGGAGUCAAUCAGGCCUGGCCUUCCAUUGUUUCCUUUUCCAAGUCUGUCCAUCGCCCUUAAAUUCUCUUUGACUUUCAUUAUCUGUAUGCCAAUGGAGUAAGCACUGAGUUUCAAAAGAGUUGUACAGAAAGCAUGUAUCUGUCAUUCAACCCUUUGCCUAUAGAAAUUCUGGAGAACUGUGUUGUGAAGGUGCAUUGUCCCAGGCAAUUUUCCCCAGAGCAUUCAGUUUAGACUGAAUUCUUUUAAGCAUCAUAUUGGAAGAAGCUAAGACGACAAUAAUCUCAAACCUUAGAGGCAGAUUGCAUUUGUUCACAUUGGCUCUUCAGCCCAGAUAGCGCAAGCAUCACACAUCACUGGCUGUACUUGUGGUCACCAAGCUUCCACACAAACUUGUGCGAAAACAUACACACUGGAUUGUGCAAGACAUCACACAUCUUUUAUCUGGACUUUGGGAUAAGGUCCUCUCAACCCUCCUCCAUCCCUAGCAAACUUCUAAGAGCAUUUGCACAGUCCAGAUGUUUCCACACAUUAUUUUUAUUCUCUGGAUUGGGGUCCUAUCUGUCCCAAAGUUUAUCAGUUUUAUCCAUAUAUAUAAUCCAAGAGUGGGGAACCUGCAGCGCUUCUGAUAUUGUUGGACUACAACUCCCAUCAGCCCCAGUCCCCAAGGCCAAUGGUCCGGGAUGAUAGGCUUUGUAGUCUGACAAUAUCUGGUGGGCCACACGUUCCCCUCCACAAUAUUUUGUGUUCAUUUCUUCUGAAUUAUCAAGAGUUUCGAUUUGUGCUCAAACUGCAGCGGUGUGGAAUGGAGAAUAUGGACACCCUUAAAUAAAUCCUUAAGCCCUUCCCCACAAUUUUAGCCAUAUCAAGACCUCCCUGUAGCCAAUAAGGAUGUGCUUACUUUUACCGUGCCUAGUUGUGGAAUUUGUUGCCACAAGAUGUGUAAUGGCCACCAACUUGAACAGCUUUAAAAGGUAACCACAUAAAUUCAUGGGGAAUAAUGAGCUGUCUUGAUAACUAUAUGCAAAUCUCUAGGAUCAGAGGCAGCAGGACUACUGUUUCCCAAGGAGCAAUAGCAAGCAAGGGCUAGUGUCUUUCUGUUCUGCUUGUGGGUUUCCCAGAGGCAGCUGGUUGGCCACUGUGUGAAACAGGAUGCUGGACCAGACAGGCCUUUGGUCUGAUCCAGGAAGACUCUUCUUAUGUUCUUCUUAAACAAUAGAUAAAGGUGCUGCCACUCAAGGUUAGGGGGACACACACUCCGCAUGGUUUAAAUUCAAUACUGGUUUCUGCUUUAACACCCAAAUUUCACUUGUAAAUCAGGAUGAGCUUUUUUUGUUGAAGAAGGAGGGAGAUUAUCCAAAUGCUGAUUUUCUGCAUAUAUUUUUAAAAGGCUGUUGUUUGGGGCACUGUUGCAAUAUCAGAAACAUGGAGUCCCUCAGAAACACCCCCCCCCCCCAAAUGAUAUUGCUUGGAAUAGCCAAGUCAGAGGUCAGCAAUCCUUUUGUGUGUGCGGGUAUGUGUGAGAGAAAGAGAGAGAGAGAGAGAGAGAGAGAGAGAGAGAGAGAGAGAGAGAGAGAGAUGGCUGCCAUGGUUAACUGAUAAAAGCAGUUUGAUUGAUUAAACAGUUUUGAUUAGCAAUAGGGAAGGAUUGAGCUCAGAUUCAGGAAAGCAGACACCCCUGACUGAAUCUGGGUGGAUCAUGAGUCAGAUCAGUUCAUGGAUCACCAAGAGUUGCGCGUUGCCUCCUAAAAAUGUCUUCAUCUUUUAAACUUUUCAAAAUACGGCCUCUGGCUACCCAGGGCUUAGGCAGGGCUUCUUGCUGCUGCACACUUUGAGCACAACUACGUUAAGACCUGCUCAGCACACCGGCACUGAGUCCUUGCCAUAUUUGUUCUUAAAGCAAGCAGUGGCAAGAAGCCCUAUGCAGUAGCUGCUAGGGGUGCCAACUUGAAUAAAAUAUUGGGGAGACCCAGGUGAGCCCCGCCCUGCAUAAUCAAUCACAGUGUGGUGUAGUGGUGUAGUGGUUAAGAGCAGUAGACUUGUAAUCUGGUGAACUGGGUUUGAUUCCCCGUUCCUCCACAUGCAGCUGCUGGGUGACCUUGGGCUAGUCACACUUCUCUGAAGUCUCUCAGCCCCACUCACCUCACAGGGUGUUUGUUGUGGGGGAGGAAGGGAAAAGGAGAUUGUUAGCCGCUUUGAGACUCCUUAGGGUAGUGAUAAAGCAAGAUAUCAAAUCCAAACCCUUCUUCUCCUCCUCCUCCUCCUCCUCCUCCUCCUCCUCCUCCUCCUCCUCCUCCUCCUUCUUCUUCUUCUUCACAUAAUGUGGUGCACAUACUCCAUUAGAAUGGCAAUGCCCAUCAACUUUGGGGGGCAGACCCUUCAAAUAUUUUAUGGGGGGACCAAAGCCCUCUCAGCCCCUAGUUGUUGGCUUCUAUGGUAGCUGCUCCAGGCCCUGGGCACUUAGUGAAGGAAACAUUAUUGGAGGACCAUGGACAGUGCACAACCCUUAGGCCUCCUCCCAUGUUCUUAUUUUAAAAAAUAUGUUUCUGUGCAGAUUGUUGUUUUUUUAAAUGAAAUUCCAUUAAAUAUCUUCCUGGAAAAUGGAAGGGGACAGACUUUUUCUCAUCCUGACAUUAAUGGGUCCAUCCAUUCCUACUUUGAUUGAUUUUUUAAAGUGUUCUUGAUUAACUGGACAAUACUUAUAGAUAUGCAAAUACCAUAAUUUUGAUACAGGUAGUUAUAAAAACUGCAGAUAGCAAGAACCAUUUUGGAAGCAGCGUUUCUCCUUCUCUCACAUACACAGGAGGGAAUUCCUCUUCUAUGAUGCUGCCUGCUAUAACAUAUUUGCAUGUAAUGGGAAAAGUCUGCUUUUUCAUUUCAGAAUUCUUGUUUUCUCUUUAUUAAUUCCAUUUCCACCCUGCCUUUCUUCCACAAUGGGUAUCCUGUUCUUCUCAGGGUGGACGCUCUCAGGGGAAGCGGAAACCAUUAGACUUUAGUUUCUUUGAGACAAAUAAUGACAAGGCAAGUUGUUUUAAGAAGAAGCUAGGACAAUGGACAGCUCCCAGUGGCCCCUUACUGGCUGAGCAGUGGGAAGAAGAUCUCAACAAAGAUCUGAGAUCCCCUGAUCUGAGAUCCCCUGAAGACUUAAGAAGACUGCCCAAGUCUGUUUACUCCACCUCCUUGGAGGAGUUGACUGUGCCCCAUUCUGCAGUUGCUGGCUGCAGUUGCUCCCACUUGUGGAAGAAGUAGGAUUAGUUUUGAGAAAGGGCAAGUAAGAGGUGACAAGAUGGAAGUUUGUAAAAUUAUACAUGGCAUGGAGAAUGUGGAUAAAGAAAAGUUUUUCUUCCUCUCUUAUAAUACUAGAACUGAAUGAUGGAGGGGAAGAAAAGCAAGUAUUUCUUCAGGCAGACCAUAGACAAACCUUGGAACUUGCUCCAGCAAGAGACAGUGAGAACCACCAACUUGGAUAGUUUUAAAACAGGAUUAAAUAAAUUCAGGGAGAAUAAGGUUGUCCGUGGCUACUAACCAUUAUGGCUAUGGUUAUGUUUCUGAAUUGUUGUUGGGAACUUCAGGUGUUGCUGUUGUGCUCAUAUCCUGUUUGCAGGCUUCUUACCGGUUUGAAAUAUACUCGGAGUUGAGUGUUGAUUUCAUGCUCUUUAUUUCAGCUCAUGGUAAACAGUGAGUGAGUGAGUGCUUUCCCCCAAAAUGGGUCCUGCGUGAUUGGCUGAUUCAACUCCCCUCCUGGAGCCUGAUUGGACUGCUCCUGCAGGCCAAUCAGGUUGCUGAUUCACUUCCUCCUGGAGCCGGAUUGGGCGGCUCCUGCAGACCAAUCAGGUUGCUGCUUUCUAGGAUCCUACCUGCCUAUUGUUCUAGGAUCCAAGCUCAGUACAUAACAGGGUUCUAAUGCAAUAUCAUUAGGGACUCAUUCUCUAAGUCUGAGGGAGGUAGAAAGGUUACAUCCUCAGGCCAGGAAGUAAAAACCAAGGUGGGGGAGAAGCCAUCGAUUCCAGUAGGAGCUUUGCUUGAAUUCAAGCGAAGAGAGAGUUUCAGCCUGAAUGUUUUAUUCCAAAUGUGUCUGGGGGAAAGAUAUUGGAACAUCGUAGCACAAUGCUGAUGUCAUUCUGUGUAACUUUAGGUUUGUAGUUUGUAGUUUUUUGUUUUAAUGUUGCUUUUGGACAAGUCCUUGCUUGAGUUUCCCUUUUGUGCUUUUGAAUUAUUAUUCUUACUUUUUGUGUGUGUGUCUCCCCUGGAAACUGUUUGCAACCCCUGAGCUGCUCCCAAAUAUCAUGAAGGCUUUACUUUCCAAUUUCUUACCCAGAUGGAGGCAUUCCAUUGUGCACAGCCGGUUUAUGCUGCAUGCAUCAAGCAAUGAUACAUGACAGACAGCUCUCUCAGAAAGUGCUUUGAAGAGCUUGUGAUAGUUAUUGAAAAGUCAAAAAUAGCUGCAAGGUAAAUCCUUUCCCCACCCCCCACCCCAGUCACGUGAAACACCAAGAUGACUGCCGUUCAAUAUGCAAUGUUAGCUGGAAAGAUUAUCAACCCACACUAGGAAGGCUUCAUGGUAGAGCACAUGCAAGGAAAAGCAGUGGCAGAUUUUGGACCCUGAAAUUUCAGCAACGCCCUAUGAGAUGCUAAAAUUUGGUGCUCCCGCCUUUCGUGCUCUGUUCAACAUAAUUAUUGCAAGUCCCAGGUUGAUGAUGUUAAUUAGACAUACAUUUCCAGUCUGUUAAUUUCCAGGUAGCAAAUGGUGGGACAGAUAUCUACCUGAGAGCCAUUUCCAGACGGAAUAGGCCAGGGAUGGGGCAUCCUGUGACCUUCCAGAUGUUGCUGGACUCAACUCCCAUCACCCUUGACAGUGCUGGCUGGGGCUAGUGGGAGUUGGAGUCCCCAGGAUGCAGUGAUGGCCACCAACUCUGAUGAAGGACCAGACAAAUGCAUGGAGGCAAAGGCUAUCAAUGGCUGCUAGCUCUGUGCUCUGCCUCCAUGGUCAGAGGCAGUAAUGCUUUUGAAUUCUGUCUAGUUUUUAUUUAGGAACCAAUUGAAAACUGCAUAUGCUGUCUCAGAUAUUGAAGGGACAGUAGGAAUAAGGACCCUGGGAAGUUGUCCAACAUAGUUUUGUGGGCUUAAGAGAUUUGACAAGAAUUUGUGUGAGCUAUUUCUCUGCAGUCAUCUAUUGGGGCCCUUCUGGUGGUACCACAUACACCAGAAUUUCAUUUAAUGGUGACUCAGGCGGAGUUAUUCAGUGCAGUAACACCUACUUUGCAUAACACACUGCCCAUUGAAGUUCAACAGCCUCGAACAUCAUAGACCUUUCAUUGGGUGCUAAAAGCUUUCCUGUUUCUUCUACUGGCUUUCCUAGAAGGAUGAGCUGACUCAUGGUCAGUAUCAGAUUUCUUUUGGGAAACCACUCUUAUGUGUUGUCUUUUUAUUUUUGUACAGCACCGUGAUAUUUGCUAAUGGUUAGUGGUCUGUAAAGUUUCCUGAUAAGUAAAUAAAUGACCAGUAAAUUUUGCUUAUGUGAAUUGCUGCUAGCUGAUAUAGCUGUAUACAACUUUAGCCCUCCAUACUUAGAGAGAGAAUGUUCUCUGACAAUAUUUUUUUGCCAUCUGGUGUUGACCUUUUAAGGCAGAGUUAGAAAACCUGUGGCCCUCCAGAUGUUGUUGGACUCCAGUACUCAAGAAUGGUGGGACUUGUAAUCCAACCACAGCCGAGGGUGGGGCUACAGGUUCACUGUUCCUGUUUUAAUGGCAGGAGACUUAUACAUUUUUUUUAACUCUUUGUGCGUAAAAGCAUAGUCUAAAUGGGAGAGAGUAGACAGCCAAAAGACUGAUAAUUGAAAGUAUUCUGAGAUUUAUUUUAUUUUUUAAAGAGAGUUGAUGUCUGAAACACUUUGCAGAGGUUUAUUUUUGUUGCUUUAAUACGGACACACUGGUAAGUUAUAUUCUUUUUAUAAAUAUGGGCUUGGCUAGGAAAGCAAUAGAGCAGCCUGAAGAACUAAGCUAUCUUCUCUCCCCCACCUCUCUUAAAAUGGAUUAGAUGAAACUUUUGUUCCCAAUAAAAAUAGCAGAAAAUGGAGCGGGCAGCAUAAAAUUAGAAGGAUGGCCUGUUAUGGAAUGACUUUUUAUUUUAUUUUAUCGUGAUAAAAUAUUUCAGUUGUCCUUGACAUAAGUGGGCAGACAAUACAAAUCGAUAAAGCACUACUCAGCUGGAUGCGAGCUAUCACCAAGAUUCAUGAGAUUUUACCUAAUUUGAUCCUUCAAAUUGAUGCUUCAAAUAGAUGUUCUGUGCUAUUAAAAAAAAAGUGUGAUGCUUCUCACCAACAGAAAUUAAUAUAAGCUAGUAUUGUAUAUUAAAGUGUCCUGUGCCGACAAUAUAUUUGUGAGUCUGGCAAAGCUCCAAUUCAGAUGGACAAGUCUAAGUCUAAUAGAAUGGGUAUUGUAUCCUCCUCUCUUUCUCUCCCCCCCCCCUUAAAUAAAAAAACCUUAUGGUUUAUUAAACCUUGGUUUCCCCUUGCAUCUUAACCAGGAAACCAUGAUAUAAUCAAAUAGAAUGAGACUUAGUUUAGUACCCAGAUGCUCUCCUCACCUCCUCGCUGCAAUUAAAAGCCUCUAGAGUUUGCUGAACCUCUGUUUCCCACCACGGAUGAAACAGAAACCUGUGAUUUAAUGUACUACACAGCGAAUGAGCAUCAGGCCCCCAUGCUCUCCUCUCUCCUCUUUCUCACUGCAAUGAAAAGCUUCUGGAGUUUGUUAAACCUCAGUUUUUUAUUAUAUCUGAACCAGGAAAUCAUGACUUAUUCUUGUACUAUAAUGUGGUUUCAUAUCCCGGAUUGAAGCCCAGGAGUGAACCAGUUUCCCAGGGAAGCAGUGGCAGACCUACAUUUUUGAGGCCCUGAAGCUUAAACUGUCAUUGAGGGGGGGGGGGUCCUUCACAACCAGCAACGAGGUCUGGGUAACCACAGUUAUCUUCUUCAAUUGGGUUGUUCCAUGACAGAUCACAACACCUUUACAAUAUCUGUGCUGCUGACACUCAAACUUUGGGAUGUUUGAAAUCUAUGCAACAACAAAAAUCAAUCAAUUUGAGUCGGGCUACUCAGAUUGGGUCUACUAAACUCCAGAUUUUUUAAGCAAUGUGGUCUAAAGUUUAUCCUGGGGCCCCUCUGGGAUAAAGUGCCCUGAAACUUUAGUUUCCUUAGUUUCAUAGAAGGUCCAUCCCGGCUAGGAAGUUAGGGUUAAGAGUCUCUGGAAGCCUUUUGUUAUAGUGCAGAAGAAAGAGACAGGAGGGCAGGAGGUAGCCUACAGGCACGCUACUUGGCCCAAAGUUCAAGAAUUAAACCUGCAGUCCUAUAUACCAAGGGAAGCCAACACGGAACCUUUGAGAUUGUUUUGGACUACAACUCUUUGUGACUGAUGGUGAGGUAUGUUGGUUGCAGUUGUACAGUGGUACCUCAGGUUAAGUACUUAAUUCGUUGUGGAGGUCCGUUCUUAACCCAAAGCACCAUUUUAGCUAAUGGGGCCUCCAGCUGCCACUGCACCGCUGGAGCAUGAUUUCUGUUCUCAUCCUGAAGCAAAGUUCUUAACCUGAAGCACUAUUUCUUGGUUAGCAGAGUCUGUAACCUGAAGCGUAUGUAACCUGAAGCAUAUGUAACCUGAGGUACCACUGUAGUCCAGAAAAUUUGGUGAGUGCAAAGUUGGGGGAAGCUGCCCAUGACCUUUUUUUUGCUGUCAUAUAAAAUUGAAAUAAACUUCUCUGUUUAGAAUAUUGGUAUGCCUGAGGUUUUCUAGCCUGUCUUUACCAUUCUGGAGUCACAGGCAUGAUAGAUGAGUCCAUUUUAAUAGAGGCCAAGCGUCUGGAAUAAUAAAAAAACCUCCAUAUUAAGAUGAAGUUUCAGAAGUCCGGGCAGACAUAGGGAUUGGAGACCUUUCGUAUUAUUGAUUCUGUGAUGCAAUCCCUGCAGCGAACUGCGAGGAAAUGCUUAAGAGGCCUGGCCAUCUGCAGAUUUUAACGUUUGCAGCUUGUUCUGUACAGAUGGGUAUCUUAUAGCAACAUGAGAAGUUGCCUUAUAGCAGCUCAGUAUGAUCGGUUCUGACUGGCAACUGCUCUCCAGUGCAUCGGGUCUUCUUUUUUAUUUGGACCUGCACCUUAAUAUAUGUUUCCUACCAGAGCUGGCAGGAAUUGAAUCUGGGGUCCUUGCUAAAAGUCCCACAUUCAGCCCUGGCAUUUUCAGGUAGGACUACAAAUGUUCUAGAUUGCUACUGCCAGUCUGCUUCCUGGUUUCCCAGAUUUUUAUAUAGGAGGGCUCUCCUUCAUUCGAGUUGUUUAAGUAGAUGGAUGCUGUGGUUAUGUCCUGCAGUGAGCAGGGGCUUGGACACCACAACCUCUAAAGUACCUUCCAACUUUAUGCUUCUGAAUAUUGCCUCUUUCUUUACCAGGUGGGUGAGUGUUUUGGUUUGUGUUUCAUUCUUGCACCGACUUUCUUCUGCUCUUCACAUUAUUUAACCGGUCAGUGUUAGCUAUCUCCUCAGCCUGCUUGCGAAGCAGUAGCUGUCCCUUCAGAGCGGAGAGAUCACUUGCAGAUGUUUUCCAUCAGAGCGUGGAGGAACCUGUGGUUUUUUGAGGCUUAUGGAUUUUUUUUACAUCCUCGUUUAAACAAACAAUUUAAUAACUGGAAUUAUGUGGUUUUUCAGGGUUUCCAAGAAGCCAAACUGUUGUGCCGCCCGUCUCAGGUUCACUUGUCUUGAAUUCAGUCCCAUGUCUUGUACAUGCCAGGAGAUGGAUUUCUGCUUUCCAUAUGCUGCUUCUAAAUGUAAUGGUUAGAACACCUCCAUGUGGAAAAAUUCUCUGGAAGGGGAUCCGACAGGGGGGUGGGUUUGAGAAAGAUUUUGGUAUGCAUGUGAAUUUUUGCAAAACGCUUUCCAUGAAGUGCUUACCAUUGGCUGGUCUUUUCCUUUUGCCACAACUCAUGAUGCAACUUACCUCGAUGGGCAGCGAAUAUCACCUGCCCCCUGGCCACCAUUUUUCACAAAUGCUUACUUGAAUUGUGCAAGUCUCUGGUGCUUGAAUUGUGCAAGCCUCACGAAUGUGGCGGCCAUUUUUUUUUAAAAAAAUGUGUGUUUCUGUGUGUCAUUUUGCAACAACCCCACUUCCAUGCUUUUCAGUUUUAGUUGGGAGGCAAAUGAAGACCCUGGUUAUCUCCAGACAAGACUAUUGCAACAAACUCUACAUGGGACUGCCUUUAAUGAUAGUUUGGACAUUACAGGCAGUGCAGGGUGCAGCUUCUUGGUUGCUUGUGUCGGCCAAGCGAUAGGAGCAUGUAGCACUGGUCCCAUACCAGUUGGUUGCCCAUGCAUUUGUGGGCCCAGUUUAAAGUGCUGGUUGUUACAUUUGGAGCCCCAAAUUGUUCAGAAUCAGGUUGUUUGAAGGGCUGCCUGCACCUGUAAAAAUUAUACCCAGUCCUAACAUUAACAGUCCUGCUCAUUGACUCGCCAUUAAGAUCCAUCCUGUUGAUGUGCACAAGGGACAAGGCCUCUUCAGUGGUGUCACCAUCAUGGUGGAACUCCCUCCUAUGGGAUGUGUGUUUGGCUCCCUAACUGACUGUUUUUAAAUGGACCUUCAGGACAUGGCUGUGCCAAUCUGCUUUUCACUGAAUAAUCAUGCUGGCAUUCUGAAGCUGUGAUUUUUUUAAAACUAUCAUAUUUAUUUAUUUAUUUGGAAUAAAUUUGUGGGUUUUCUAUGCAGCUAGCUUAAUUAGUUGUGUUUUCAGUGUAUUUAUUUGUAAACAGUUAUGAGAGGGGCUUCUCUUGCCUGGAAAGAGAGUAGCUAACAAUGAUUUAAAUCAAACUAUGGUUUGAUCCAACUAUGGUUUAUCCAAACCAGGAUGGGAGUGGAGGUGCACAAGCAUUCCUCCCUUUGACCCCCAAAUGAAUUGGGGGCCCUUCCAGCCUUCCACCUGAACUUAGAAAACUUUGAAGGGAUGUUGGGGUUGAGGUUUACAUGAAGGCUCCAGAGGGGCAUGAUUCCCAGUGGGCUGCCCGAGAAAGGACUGGGUGCAGAGGCUGACUGCCCACUGAAUUUCUUUGCUGUCUGCAGAGGAGAUGACCAGGUGAGGGGAGCUUGUCACAUCAGGAGGGGGCUUCUUCACCAGCCAGAUUGCUCUCUGCCUCUUGGCUUCCCCCCUCUCCUGCUUCAGCGUCUGAUUCUGGACUUCUCUCUGCCAGAGACUCUCCUUGCUCACUAAACCUUGUUACCUUCACAGCUCCCACCACCUCCUCCUUCCAGGCUUCUCUCUUCUCCCUCUGACCACUCAUCACCAUCCCACCAACAAUCCCCAGCCUUCUUCCCUUGGGGGUUCCCCACCUAGUGCCUCCCACCAUUCCCCUGUGUCCAUGACUCUGGUUAACCUUGGGCCAGUCACUGCUUCUCAGCUCACACUGCCUAGCAGCGUUGUUGUGUGGAUAAAAUGGGAAUGUGGAGAGAACCCAUACAUUGCCUUGAAUUUCUUGGAGGAAAGGUGGGAUAGUGAAUAUAAGGAGUAAAUAAAAAUUGAGGCAGGCAGUCCACUUGAGAUGAGCUGUCCUCCUCCCCUUCAACUUCACAAUUCCAUGAUUUUGCUCAAUGAAACUGAGCGGGACUGUUUGCUGCCUUGAGCAGCCUUACUCAGUUUCUCUGGAAACCCUUAGAGGUGUGGGGAGAAGUGUGGCGUUUGCCCUCCUAGGUGUGUGACAUCAUACUGGGUUCAUAGGGAAAGGGUUAACUAAUUGUAAAAUGACUAACCAAUAGGAACCCAAGGGGAGGAGUUAGAGUUAGAGUUGUUAAGAAGUCAGUCUAGAGUUAGAGAAGAGACGGAGAGGAUAAGUCUGUGGGUUGGGCUAGUCUGAUGUGAGAGAGUGAGUGAAUCUGUUAAGAGGAGUCAGUCAAACAGUUGAGAUAUUCAGUCAGAAGGUAUUAGGAAGGUAUAGGCUGGUAAAAAAACUAAAGUUAAGAAACUGACAAGAAUAUUAUCUGAGAAACCAUAAACUUUUUAAUACUUAUAAAAUAAACUUGUUUAUUUGGUUCAAUUUUAACAACUGUCUGGACUCAGUGUGUACCCGAGAGUAAUGGGUUGGUGGCAGCGGGGAAGCGAGCACAGUGGUGGCACACGGAUCAAUAAACCAUUAAACGUCCGGGGACCCUGUGUGAUCGCCACAAGGAGGCAGAGGGAUUGGAUCAUAGCAGGCGAGGGAGGGAGGGGGGAAAGUGUUGAAGCCCCAAGGCACCUGUGGCGAAACUAGGUUAGCUGUUACCUCUAGUGUUCUUCCAUUGGAAAGAAUGCAUAAGGACUGUUGACUUGGCAAAAUCAUUUUUAGGAAAAAAUAAAUGUGAGCCAUUAGCUCAUCAUAAAGAUGUAUUGGAAGUUAAGGGGAGGGAGGAGACUGUAGCUGCUGGAAUGUGGCUUGUUACUCUUGGUGAAAUUAUAUAAUGUUGUUGUCCCCCUGUCAAGCGGGAGGUUGUCUUCUUAUUCUCAAGCGUGUGUUUUGUUGUGGGUGACAGUCGUUCCAUUCUAUCCCUGGACAACCCAGAACAUGUCUGGGUUAUGCAAGACGUCGGGAGCGAUAGCGGCUGGUUGCUUCUGCGUCAGGCAACCUCUCUGGGCCUGUGUCACUAGGGCAGCUGAAAACUGUUAACAUGAAGAGUCCCAUCUGGAAUUGUGAAUCUGGUUCGCAAACUGUGGCUUCAUUCAUCUGGCUUCUGGCUAGGCCACAGAUGCUUCUGUCAAGGCAAAUCCCUUCUGCACAAAUGACAGACUCUUUUUGUGUGUGUGUUUGUGUGUGUGUGGCUGCUCUUGGUGACUGGGAAAGAAGCAGAUUUUGGGGAAGAGAAUAUCAGGUGAUUGCAAGAUUGCAGACUCUUCCAUAAUGCAAGAUGAGCAGAUAACAGGCAUCUGCCCUGCACAGGGCAGUUCUUGGGGGACGUUGAUCAUCUCGUUUUGCUUCUACACCAUUUCUUCGUUUGUCUCUCCCUCGCGGAUGAGAGGAACAGCAGCAGCUGAGUGGUGAAGUUCUUGGUCCUGGGUCCUGGGUCCCCAGCAUCUCCUGGUAGGGCUGGAAAAAACCACUUUUUGAAACAGCAGGGAGUUGCUUCCCCCAUCAGUGCAGAACAGCCUUCCCUAGCUUGGGCCACAUUCGUGACAUACAUUUAGAACACUAUGGUGACACUUUAAACAUUCAUGACUUCCCCCAAAGAAUUCUGGGAAUUGUAGUCUGCUAAGGGUGCUGAGAGUAGUCAGGAGACCCCCUUUCGCUUCACAGAGCUACAAUUCCCAGAGUACCUUGUGUUCCACUCUGGGAAUUGUACCUCUGUGAGAGAAAUGGGGAUCUUCUAACCCUCCAUACCUUUAACAAACUACAGCUCCCUUGUUUGCCAUAUUCUGAAUCACAUCAGUAAAUUUAUUUAUUUUAUUGGUAUUACAGUGGUACCUCUAGAUACAAACGGGAUCCAUUCCGGAGCCCUGUUCACAUCUAGAGGUAAACAUAACUAGUGAUGGCAUGUCUGCGCACGCGCAUGUCACUUUUCGCCACUUCUGCGCAUGUGUGUGACGUCAUUUUGAGCGUCUGCACAUGCGCAAAGUGGCGAAACCCGGAAGUAAGGCACUCCAUUACUUCUGGGUUGCUGCGGAGCGCAACUCGAAUGCGCUCAACUCAAAGCGUCUUCAACCUGAGGUAUGACUGUAAUUUCAUGAAAUUUAUAUAGCACCUGAUUGUAAAAACAACAGCAACAACCCUCAGUGUGUUUUACAGGAAGAAUAAAACAGUAAAAUUAUCUGUAAAAACAGUUAAAACCAGGUUUUUAAAACAUUCUAAAAUAAUUAAAGUCAGCAAUAAGCUAAAAGCACAUUAAAACAUAUGUCUGCAUUCUACAUAUCUGGGCAAGCUUGUCUAAACAAAAAUGUUUUUGCUUCUUUACCUUUUUGUCACCAAUAAGGCUUGCCUCCGUCGCUUCAUUUUGUCAGAGUUGGGUUAAUGUGUCUCCCUGCAGCUGAAUGGGAAAGCUUCCAAGUGGCAAUUUCACAGCCCCGCUAAGACCUCACUGGGCAGCUGGCUAGACCCCAGAAGCAUUUUUUUCCCAUCACUGACCUGGGAAUUGUUUCUUGCCUUCCUGCUCACUCAGCAGUCGUGCCCUUCCAACGUGCGAGAUCUGCGAGGGAUUCCAUUCCUGUUUUGUCAAGUUUCCCAGCUGCUUGCGGCUCUGCUCUUGCACGUGGGUGUGGUAUAGCAUCUGGGAACAGACAGUCUGGCAAAAUUCCCUGGCCCUGGGGUUCCCUGUCUGCAGGAAUAUGACCUGCUCCAAUUUGCAUCGGAGAGCAAUCGCUUGAGAACAACGGAGUCUAAUGGGAAACUAGGUAAAUGUUGGGGUGGAUGGUUUUUGGGUUUCUGAAGAGCCACAUGGUGCCAAUUAAGUGGGGGGGGGAGGAAAGGGCACAUUUUACAGCCGUUACCUCUCAAAUAAACUACCAGAAUUGGAGAUAAUGCAGAGACUUGUGUAUUUUGGGGCUCAGAAAUACAAGCAUUUGGACUUCUGACGCUCACCCCAAAGGCAAGGUGAGCAUUAUGUCCCCAACGCUUCUCACUCAGACUUUAAUUGGAACUUAAUGGAGUAAAUACUGCACUCCUGUCCCUCCCAGCCAGCCAUAGCCCAAAUCUUCACCCUCCACACUCUGAUGAUCCUUCAAGAGACCACAUAACAUGGGUCCUGAAAGACCUACAUUGGCUCCCAGUACGUUUCCGAGUACAAUUCAAAGUGACCUUUAAAGCCCUAAAUGGCCUCGGCCAAGUAUACCUGAAGGAGCGUCUCCACCCCCAUCAUUCAGCCUGGACACUGAGGUCCAGCUCCAAGGGCCUUCUGGUGGUUCCCUUGCUGUGAGAAGUGAGGCUGCAGGGAACCAGGCAGAGGGCCUUCUCACUAGUGGCACCCGCCCUGUGGAACGUCCUCCCAUCAAAUGUCAAGGAAAUAAACAACUAUCUGACUUUUAGAAGACAUCUGAAGGCAGUCCUGUUUAGGGAAGUUUUUUAUGUCUGAUGUUUUAUCGUGUUUUUAAUAUUCUGUUGGGAGCUGUCCAGAGUGGCUGGGGAAACCCAGCCAGAUGGGCGGGGUAUUAUUAUUAUUAUCAUUAUUAUUAUUAAUAAUAAAAUUAAAUCCCUUUCCUACUUGCCCGCUUAACUCUGCAUCUCCAGAGGUGGUGCAAAGUAGAGGGAGGGCAGUCUCUCCCUCUGUUCUGUUCCAAAUGUAAUAUUCCCAAGAACGCCGAAUGGCUUGAUUUUGUGAUGUGGUGCAGAGAGAAUGGCUCAACUUAAUCCAACCCAAUUCAAGCCUGGGAGAGGUUCUUCAUUACCUAACUGGGAUAAGUGAGCCCCAAUGAUGCAUGGCUCACACCUAAAUGGAGGAACACAUUGCCAGUUAAUUUUAGUUCAGUGUCUACCUCUUUCUGCCAAGGCUAAUGUGGAGGUUAUCACAAUUCAGUCCCUGGCAUCUCCAGCUACAGGUGGUGGUCUAGAGAUACCUGUUCCCCUGUUUCCAGUGUGGUGUAGUGGUUAAGAUCGGUAGACUCGUAAUCUGGUGAACCGGGUUCGAUUCCCCGCUCCUCCACAUGCAGCUGCUGGGUGACCUUGGGCUAGUCACACUUCUCUGAAGUUUCUCAGCCCCACUCACCUCACUGAGUGUUUGUUGUGGGGGAGGAAGGGGAAGGAGAAUGUUAGCCGCUUUGAGACUCCUUCGGGUAGUGAUAAAGUGGGAUAUCAAAUCCAAACUCCUCCUUGCUAUAGUGCCCAGAGUGGCUUAACAGUCAAGCCCUCUUCCUAGGGAUUUCUGGGAACUGUGGUUCUCUGAGAGGAAAACGGGUGUCCUAACAAGUUAAAUAACUACAUCUCCCAGGAUUCUUUGGGGGAAGCCACAGCUGUGGGAUGGUACUGCUUUAGAUGUAUAAUGCAGAUAGGCCCCAGGUUGAAAUGGGAGCAGACCACUCACAAACUAAUGCAAGGGUGAGGGGGGCAUCUCUCUCUCUCCCUCUGUCCUUAUUUAUUGGGGGGGGGGAGGGAUCUAUCAGGAGUGGCAUGCAAGGAGUGGGUGGGGCCAAAACAGCAGGUGGCAUGGGCCGGGUCAGAGCCCAAAGUAGGUAGGAUGCCCUAUUUCUGUUUGCUACCUCCUUUUCCAAUCCUGUUCUGCCAUAUUUGGACAUCAUGGGAAAGCCCAACUUGUUCCAACCAGAGAGCCCAGAGCAAUUGGGAAAGAGAGAGUCCUGUCACGGCUAAAAUGGCCGCUGUUUCUUUAAUGCUAAUAAAGCUGGGUCAGCAUGAGUCAGCGGCCUGCACCAGGUUGUAUAUAUAGAGUGAGAAAUGUUAGUUUGCUGAGUUGGAUUGGCUGGUUAGUUAGUUAGUGAAAGCUGGUAGUGUUGUGUGUCAGUCGCACAAAGACUUUUAAGAAUAAAGCACUCUGCAAGGAUACUUUUCUCGUGGACUCUUUUAUGCCGACAAGGGUCCGAGGACCAGGCUGAGGCAACAAAGGGAGGUCAGAACCUUUUGGUUUUUGGUUUUUACAAACACUGACAAGUUCCAAACACGGCCAGGGCAUGCAACUGUGUUUUUCACAGUGAUAAGCACACACGGGUUUCCAAAGCACUUCGCUCAGGCUAGAUCAGACUCCGUCCUUGUGCAUUGUGUUGCUGUAUCAAAAUGCCCCCAGUGGCUUUUUCCAAAUGAAGCUGAACCUUCGCCAAGUUUGUCCUAGUCUAGGCUAUUUUUGCUGGAGCAGGAUUGAUCUGCUUCUAAAACUCUCUCUCCUUACCCCACCCCCCAAUGUGAUGUCUGUGUCUUGCUUUUAAGUCUCUUGGCAGGCACCCCGUCAGCCACAGCUGUGCCACUGCCUUUCUGCAGAAUCGCUGCUGGUUCAUGAGAGUGCAGGGUGCCAGUAUCUUCCUUGACAUAGCAAAUUCCCAUGAAAACCAAUAAACCACGUUUAAAAAAAGAAAAGAAAAGGGGAUAGGAGAAAGUUUGUGGCCUGUUGUCCGGCAAAUGAUCUCAUUCUUGGCCAGCUAGGGUAGCAUAAUGAUUAACAGUGCAAUCCUAGACUCGUCUACUCUGAGCCAAGCUCUAUUGAGUUCAAUGGGGCUUACACCCAGGUAAGUGAGUAUAGGAUUGCAACCAAAGAGACUGAGUUAUGAAGCAAUACCUCCCUGGUUUGAAAUUCACUAGAUGACCUUAGGCCAGCUGCUGCUAUCUGCAGCCUGGGGAUUAUAUGAGACCUUUGGGUAUAGGGCGGUAUAGAAAAUAACAAUCUAUCUAACUAACUAACUAACUAACUAACUAACUCACAACACCAACUCACUUUACAGCAGGCAUAGGCAAACGCCAGCCCUCCAGUUGUUUGAGACUACAACUCCCAUCAUCCCUAGCUAACAGGACCAGUGGUCAGGGAUGAUGGGAAUUGUAGUUCCAAACAUCUGGAGGGCCAGAGUUUGCCUAUGCCUGCUUUACAGGUUUGCUUUAAGGCCCUACUGGUGUUGAUGGACUACAACUCCCAUAAUCCUUGACCAUUGGCCAUGCGUGUUGGGGUUGAGAGGAGCCAGAGUCCAACAGCAUCUGCGUGGGACAGGAUCCCCAUCUGUGCUGUAAGACACUCAUGUGAAACAUUCUGAAGACUUAAAAGUACUAUACAAAUGUUAAGGGCUGUUACGCCAAUAAUAAUAAUAAUAAUAAUUGUACCCCACCCAUCUGACUGUGUAGCCCCAGCCACUCUGUGAUUAUUAAUGUUUGUAAACUUAAAAAUGCUCACUUUUAAGUAGCCCUAAAUGUAGCAACAUUUGGAGGGUACUAGGUUGCGGAAGCCUGCUUUAAAUAUAUUCUGUUUUGUUAAACUUAGCAACUUAAUGUGUCACAGCAUGCUUCCUCCUUUACACUUAACCAUGGUUUGGUUUGGCUUAGCAUUAACAUGCAAACUGAGGAUGCUUUCUGAUUGCACUUUAUUUCGUUUUCCUGACUUUUCCUUGCCUUAUAAUUUUUGCCUUUUAUGUGAUGUUUUAUGUGACGUAUGUGCCACUUCUGAAACUCUAGCAGAAUCCAGUGCUUAUUUUCAUGUUACUUUCUCCCCGAACAAAAUACGCUUGCAACCCCGUUAACCCAACAAAUUGUGGGAGUUUGUGGUGUGAUUUCCUCACAGUUUUCAUGUGUCAUGCCACUCCCACUCACGUGCCAAAAAUUGGCCCGGUAUCCCAGCGUAUGGUUCUUUCCUGCCAUUUUCACGAGUGAAUCAUGGGGGAACAGAAGCACUCGUGUGCAGAGAGGGUGACUCAUCAUAGAGGGCAGAACAUCAAUGAUAAAAGACCCCAAUUCCACAAUGCAGCAGGUAAUGCAAUGUAAAAUAAACAGUGGAAAUCGUGACAGAACCACUACCAUUGUACCCAGGAAGACUCAUGCAAUAAUCCCCACCUGAGUCACACAAAACUCUUCUUUUUCAGUACAGCAACAGUUCUGCAUGACAUGGUUCGAACACCACCUUUUCUUCUUCUAGUCAAAUCUAAUUGUGUGCUUUUAAAAUGUUGUUUUCCUUUAAUCCUUGUUUAGUCAUGCACACACAUCUUUCCCACUUUUCUGACCACAGAAUAAAUGAGCUGGAGAAGGAACAGCUCUUUUUAGUAAGGCCCAGAUAAAAAAAAAACAAACGGCAAUGCCAGGAGAUGUUGUCUGUUGAUAGCGCUAAUGGAGCUGACACAGGACUCCGGCAUAACAAAGGCAUGGCUCAUAAAGGGUCCAUGUCAGAGAGUAAUUACGAGUAAUACAAGAACAAGGCAGCUGUAAAUGGAGUCCUAUGAUUGAUUGCCAGGGGGCAAAUGCCUGAGCAGUGCAGGAGGCCUUGCGUGAUGGUUGAAGCAGGUUCAUUGAGAUGUAGGCAGCGGCCGUCUCAUUCAUUCAUUUUAUUUUAUUUUAAUGUCUGCGUUGCUUUUCAUUAAACCUUCUAGAGCGACGCACUGUGCAAAGGUUAAAGAAGAACUUUCAAACAUGUAGGAUAAAUCCAUUCUAAAGAUUCCAUAAGUGUAAAACAGACCAAAAAUAAAUAAAUAAAUGGCAGCAAGACUGUCCAGUGUCAAAGGUUCACCUUUGUGGAGGAAUACGGUGGUACCUUGGUUCUCAACCUUAAUCCGUUCCAGGAGUCCGUUCCACUCCCGAAACAGUUCGAAUACCAAGGAGCGGCUUCCGAUUGGCUGCAGGAGCUUCCUGCACUUAAGCAGAAGUCAUGUUGGACAUUCGGCUUCCGAAAAGCGUUCACAAACUGGAACACUUACUUCCGGGUUUGCGGCAUUCGGGAGCUGAUUUGUUUGACAACUAAGCGGUUCGAGAACCAAGGUACCACUGUAUAGGUAAAGGUAAAGGCAGGGACAGAGGAAGGGGGGUGGUGAGGGAGGGCCACCCUGGGUGUCACCACGCAGGGGGGUGAUAAAAUGGCAGGCGGCACUCACUGCGGGGCCUACAGCAUGCUCGAGCCACACGUCUCCCCUGGGAGUGACAUGGUGGCUUGGGCGCCCGCAGGCUCUGCACUGCCCCAAACGGUCUGCCCACCGCCUCCCCCUCAGCUGUAGGGCGGCUGAAUGGGAGGAGACAGGCAGACUCCUCUGAGGGCCCACGAAGCGUCCUGCCCCAGCUUGCCCCGCCCUGCGGGCAGCUGCCCCCCCCCCAGACACAGGGCGCACGCUCCACCCCAGGCGCCCAAUCGGCUUGCUCCGCUGCUGGGUAAAGGACUCCUGGACGGUUAAGUCCAGUCAAAUUUGACUAUAAGGUGUGGCGCUCAUCUUGCUUUCAGGCCGAGGGAGCCGGCCUUUGUCCACAGACAGCUUUCUGGGUCAUGUGGCCAGCAUGACAAAACUGCUUUUGGCACAACGGGACACCGUGACAGAAAUCAGAGCGCACGGAAACGCCCCCCUCCGUAGGAGGAAUGGAGGACAACCCCUUUAAGCCCCUGGAGGUUACUGCGGCUCAGGUUGCUGAGGUUUUAGGUGGCUCAGGCUUGGACUGCUCGCCCCACCUGCCCCAUGCCUCUUUCCCCGGCUCGGGCUGGCAGCGGAUCGGGCUGUCCUAUUUUUUCCUCUUCAGGAUUUGGCAACCCUACAUGUUUUAUCUGAGAAAUGUUGGAGGAUGUGAGAUGGGUUCUUGAACUCUGAGAAUGUCUCUUGCUUGACUGGAUAGAGGGGGAUGUGUGAGUGUGUGUGGAAACCAGCCACUGUCAAGUUGCAAGUUGGCUAGGAAGGAAAGCAACCCCCAGGAUGAAAAAAGGUGUGCCAUCCUUGCUUCAGUGCAGGGGACUGGAGGAUUCUUUCUGAGGAGAUGUUGAGAAAGUCUGGGAAAGUCUGGGAAGAUUUGCGGGAGAAUUGGUAAAAGAGAUGUAGCCAAUUUUAAUGGCUUAUUUGCCAUUGUGGCUGCAUCUGCUCUUUACAUUUAAGGUACUUUUAUUAUAGGGAUGCGGGUGGCGCUGUGGUCUAAACCACUGAGCCUCUUGGGCUUGCUGAUCAGAAGGUUGGCAAUUCCAAUCCCCGCGGCAGGGUGAGCUCCCGUUGCUCGGUCCCAGCUCCUGCCAAUCUAGCAGUUCAAAAGCAUGCCAGUGCAAGUAGAUAAAUAGGUACAGCUGCAGUGGGAAGGUAAACAGCAUUUCCAUGCACUCUGGUUUCCAUCACAGUGUUCCGUUGUGCCAGAAGCAGUUUAGUCAUGCUGGCCACAUGACCCGGAAAGCUGUCUGUGGACAAACGCCAGCUCCCUUGGCCUGAAAGAGAGAUGAGCGCCACACCCUAUAGUCGCCUUUGACGGAACUUAACCGUCCAGGGGUCCUUUACCUUUUUUUUUACCUUUUACCUAUACUACUUUAAGCAGUCAUGGCUUCCCCCGCAAAGAAUCCACAGAAUAUAGUUUGUUAUGGGUGCUGAGAGUUGUUAGGAAACUCCUCUUAUGGAGCUACGUUUGCCAGAGUUCUCUGCAAAGGAAGAUUUGUUGUUACGCCGCUCUGGGAACUGUAGUUCUGGGAGGGAAAUAGGGGCCUCCUAACAGCUCUCAGCGGGACACGGGUGGCGCUGUGGGUUAAACCACAGAGCCUAGGACUUGCCGAUCAGAAGGUCGGCAGUUCAAAUCCCCACGACGGGGUGAGCUCCCAUUUCUCGGUCCCUGCUCCUGCCAACCUAGCAGUUCGAAAGCACAUCAAAGUGCAAGUAGAUAAAUAGGUACCGCUCCGGCGGGAAGGUAAACAGCGUUUCCAUGCGCUGCUCUGGUUUGCCAGAAGUGGCUUAGUCAUGCUGGCCACAUGACCCGGAAGCUGUACACCGGCUCCCUCGGCCAAUAAAACGAGAUGAGCGCCGCAACCCCAGAGUCGGUCACAACUGGACCUAAUGGUCAGGGUUCCCUUUACCCUUUACCUUUAACAGCUCUCAGCACCCUUGACAAACUACAGCUCCCUGAAUUCUAUAGGGAAACCAUGGCUGUUUAAAGUAUCAUCACAGUGAUUUAAAUGUAUGGUGUGAAUGUGACAGUGCCUGGGUGGAAGUUACCCUGAGAAUUUUGCGCAGGCUUAGUGAGCUCCUUGGAUGAAAGACUGGGGACAAUUGAAUGAAUAAAUAUCCUUGCGCCCUGGCUGACAUUUGCUCUGGGUUUAUACUAUUAUACUAAUGUCCCAUUUGAAAUAUAUUUACAACUCCUCCACAAAUUAUGAGUUGCAUUCAUACCUAGCAAUUAUACCUAGCUUUAUUGAAAAGUAUUGGCUUUAGAGUCUGCUUUCUCUCUAUCUCCUAGUGUCUGACAUAUCUUUGACAUUUACUGGUCGUCUGUUUCCUUGUCUCUUCCAAAUACAUCACUUGUAAACCAAAACUCAGCACAGAGUGAGACUUCCCCACCACCACCCUGCCGGUGUGAGUUUUGAAGGUUACUUGAUUUUAUUAGCCAAUAUAUUUCAUCCAGUAAUUAUGAGUGUUUCAGUUUGAUUGUCGGGAAUGCCCCUCUUUUUUAAAGGAUGGGAUGGGAUGGGAUAGGAAAGGAAAGGUUUGAACAACUCUUGAGAUGCAUAUUCUCUUUCAAAUAUUUGGACACCCAACCCUAUUGAUAUUGUUGGCCAAAGUUGGUGGUGAUCUCUUAAAUUCAAAGAGGCCAAUGAUGUUUUUCACUCUGCAUUGAAAGCAGGAAAAUGGUAGGAAGCAAUUGCUCGCAUAUUUUUUUGCUAACGGCAGCCAUCAACUGCUGUGGCAUUCCUUUCACGAAAACUGCCAAAAUAUAAUGUGCCUGUAUGAAUGAAGAUUUGGACAAGGGAACUUGAAUUGCAUGGUGUAUCUCAAGAGUGGAGAACCUUUUUUUUCAGCUGGAGGGCCGUAUUCCCUCCUAGGCAAGCUUCUGAGGGCCAGGUGCCAGUGGUGGGCAGGAUCAGAGGAAAAAGUGGGCAGAGUAACAAAUGUGAGUUUUCCCUUUAUUCGGCACACAAAAGAGCCUUAUUUUCACAUUAAACUGAGCUCAGGUACAAGUUAUCUCUAUGUAUGUAUGAGUAUACACUUUCUGAUUUGUACAGCUCAAUUGUUUGUAUACACAGGUACGUGGACCAUACGCUCAUUGAAUGUAACAUGCCCCGCAGAGGGUUGGACUAGAUGACCCUUGUGGUCCCUUCCAACUAUCCAAUUCUACAAUUCUGUGAGCAACCUUACAGUAAACACAGUGUGUAUACUGUUGAUAUACACUGUUUAUAUAGUAAAACACUCAAACAGCUCUCUCUAUCCACCACCCAGACAAGCAAGAGGCAUUAUCAGAGUUCAGGGACACAUUCCAGCUAGGCUAAAACACUUGGGGGUGAAGCAGGACCAAGGAGGGGGCUUGGCAACAGUUCCAAGGGCCAGAUAGAGGUCCCUGGAGGGCCAUGUUCAGUCCCUGGGCCUGAGGUUCCACACCCCGGCUUAGCCCAAAGCUAUGUUUACAGGUCUGUGAUGUCUUUCCCCGAUACGUUUUGCUUGAGCUUCCAGCCUCAGGUUACCAGACGUCCCUGUUUCCCGGGGACAGUCCCCGGAUUUACAAAUCAGUCCCCAUACAAAAUCCACUGAAGUUGUAAAGUGUCCCCGGAUUCAUUGAAAAAAAAUAUCGGGUAACCUUAUUCUAGCCACAGGUGUCAGAUCAUCAUGCCUUUAACAUUUAGGUGUUAUUCAGAAGGUGAUGUAGCUGUAGAAAGUGUUCUUAUAUUGCAUGUGGCCAAAUGAAAUUUGAGGUGGCAGGUGUUUGUUAGGAAAGUGAAAGGCAGUACUUUAGUGCUGUAGACCUGUGUGUGCAAUCAUGGGCAUGCUGUUCCCAUUCUGCCAAGGAGACCAGUUUGAGCAUUCAUUUAGAAUGCUUUUGAUCUUCUUCUUCCACAGAGGUUGAGUUGCCCCGUUUGGUUCUCCCACUGGCUGGUUUUUUCCUUGAUAACUGAGCUUCAUGAUUGAGUGUGGAUUUGAACCCUGUCCCUUUGGUUCUUGGCACACCAAUUCAGGGAUAGUCAAUGCAGUGCCUUCCAGAAGUUGUUGGAUCCCAGCUCCCAUCAGUGUGACCAAUGGUCAGGGAUGAUGGGAGUCCCACAUUGCUUUGGUUGCCCCUGCACAACUGCUACGCCACACUGGCUUUCUCCAAAAUGGAAAAGAAAGGAAUUUGCUCAAAGAUUGGCUCUCUCCAUUAAGAACAUAAGAAGAGCCCUACUGCAUCCAAAUAGCCCAAUGCAUAGGGGAAGCCCACAACCAGGACUUGAUCACAACAGCAUUUCUCCAUUCACUGUCCCGCCCAUUGAAAUGAAUGGAAGAGCCAUAGAUCAAGGAGCGCUCCAUCACGCCAGCAGCUCAUGAUGCUAAAUGCUCCCUCCCCACAGAACAACAACAACAUGGAGUUUCAUUUUCCCUUGACUAAACAAUGUAGUGAAUUUGCUAGCCGAGACUUUUUUGUCUGUGGCUAUGAAUGAUAUGCACUGGGUUUUUGUUUAACUUUAAAGGAGGCUUGUUACGUCUUUAAGGUGGGAAUCUUUUUUAUUUCUGUUACCAUGACACCCUGUUGCUCAUAGGUACAAAUCAAACGAAGAGUAUGUGUAUGUGCGAGGCCGUGGACGAGGGAAGUAUGUAUGUGAGGAGUGUGGAAUUCGCUGCAAGAAGCCCAGCAUGCUGAAGAAACACAUUCGCACGCACACAGACGUCAGGCCAUAUGUCUGCAAGUACUGUAACUUUGCUUUUAAAACCAAAGGUAAGCACCAGCAAGCUCCACGCUCCAUCUUCUUAGCACAUUUGCUUGCUAGUUGACAUUCUCAGCAGGGUUGGGGUGGGGGACGACACCAGUGCAACAGGAAAGGAUGCUUGCAAUCCUUUGAGGAACCUCUAACUUGGCUGAAGCAUGCUAAAGCAAGAGUAUGUAACGUGCUAUUUUUGCCAGAUGGCUUCUGUCAAGAGUUUGCCUGCGGUGUGUUAUGAACCGUUCUUGUGCUUUGACAGAAAGGUGGGUUUGAGCCUUAAUUGUGGCUAAAACACACACACACACACACACACACACACCACCAUCCGAUAUAUUCCACGAUUGAACAACCAACCAACUAGCUUCAAGAGUGAAGGUGUUUAAUAGGGUGGUGAUGUGGGUUCCACUGAGUUCCCCCGGGGCUGUUGAGUGUAUCUGGUGCUCUUAAAGCAGGGGUCAGCAAACUUUUUCAGCAGGAGGCCAGUCCACUGUCCCUCAGACCUUGUGGGGGGCCAGACUAUAUUUUGAAGAGGGAAAAAAGAAUGAAUUGCUGUGCCCCACAAAUAACCCAGAGAUGCAUUUUAAAUAAAAGCACACUUUCUAGUCAUGUAAAACACCAGGCAGACCCCACAAAUAACCCAGAGAUGCAUUUUAAAUAAAAGGAUACAUUCUACUCAUGUAAAACACGCUGCUUCUCAGACCAUCCACAGGCCGGAUUUAGAAGGCAAUUGGGCUGGCUCCGGCUCCUGGGCCUUAGUUUGCCUACCCAUGUCUUAAAGCCUUCCUCCUCCCUCACCCCUUACUUCCUUGUCUGUAAAAAUUGUUCCUCCAGAGACUUUACCCCCCAAACAAAUGUGCUUUCAAUCCAAAGCCUGUGGGAUUGCCAGCUCUUGGGAAUGUUGGGUCUCUUCCCACACACCCCAUUUUAAAGCUUCCAGCUCCACAGUGUUUCGUUACAAUCUCACUUUUCAUUUCCUUUUGAGCUAAGGAGGUUCCUCCUAAUCUUUCUGGCAGAGAUCAGCAUGUCUGGGCUGUAACCCUGAGGGUCACAACUCCAGAGGGUAGGAAAUCGGGCCAACCCACACAACUGGGAUUUAAAAGGAAAAGUCAGAAUUAUCGGGUGGUAGCCAACUUAAGUUUUGUGAAGAGUAGAACUGCUAAAAUCCAUGGACCUAACUCAGGCUGCUUUCAUACCAUACAUUUAGAAAUAGUGUCAGGCCACUUUAAACAGUCAUGGCUUCCCCCUAAGAAUUCUGGGAGCUGUAGUUUGUUAUGAGUACUGAGAUUUGUUAGAAGGCAAAUCUCAAUUGUCAGAGUUCCCUGGGAAAGAGGGAUUGACUGUUAAACCACUCUGGGACCUGAAGCUCUGUGAGGGGAAAAGGGGUCUCCUAACAACUCUCAGCAUCUUCAACAAACUAUAGCUCCCAGAAUUCUUAGGGGGAAGCCAUGACUGUGUAUCAUAGUGCUUUAAAUGUAUGGUGUGAAUGUGGCCUCGCCGUGUUCAUUAAUUUCAAUGGAUCUACUUUGAUUAGGACUAAUAUUGCAUACAACCCAUUAUUAUUUACUGAGCAUAGCACCAGCUAUUGUGCUCAUAGUGGUCUUUGUAAGCCAAGGGACUUCUGUGCAAGCCCCAUCAUGCUCAGGGACAUAAAGUUCUCCUUUCAGUGGGACAUAAGCAGGACAAGUUUCCUGCGAAUUGUUCCAGCUGCAAUGACCAUGUAGCGGCUUAGUCAUUCAGUGGAGUCAUCCACUAGGUGGUUCUCAGCAUUGGGAGAGUGGAGGAGCUGGCAGGAAUCAGUUACAGGUUCUGGCAGGUAACUCUUGUGUUGGGCUUUGGCAGAGGCCUCUGGGUGCCAGCUGGCAUUGACGUCCUCCAUCACACUUAGAAGGCCUUGCCCAGGAUAUCAGGGAAAGCUACAGACUCCAGUAAAAAAGAAAUAGAAGCUUCAUUUGGACGGAAUCCAAAUGGGGGUGGAUGAAGCUGUUGUGGAAAUUUGAGUGUGCAUUUUUAUCUGUGGAUCUUCUCCACUGGUUCUAUCCUCAACCCUCACUUCUAGCUAUGAGGAGUCAUACCUCAGCAAGGAAGGGCCAUGGCUCAGUGAUAGAGUAUUGCUUUGCUUCCAGAAGCUUCCAGGUUCAAUCCCAUGCAUCUCCAGGUAUGGCCAUGAGAGAUUUCUUCUCUGAAACCCCAGAGAUCCACUUCCAGUCAAUGCAGAGAAUGUUGAUGGCCAACAAUCUAACUCAGUAUAAGGCAGGUUCCUUUUUUACCAUGUUCCCAGUGGUAGUGUGUGCACUUUAUGUGCAGAUGGUCCCAAGUUUUUGAUUUCCAUCUACUCUUUGUCGAAAGAUAGCAGAACUGGGAGAAGCUUCUGCCUGAGACCUUGGGAGAGGUAUUGCCAGUCAAGAAACAGACUGCUAGCCUAGGCAGAAGGAAGUCCUGACAAUUUCAAGGUAGCUGCACCAUCAUCAUAUUCCCCACCAUCAACUGUUGGGUAAAUCAGAAAUAUAUGCACCCUUGUCCAACAUCUUCCUUGUGCGAGAAAACAGAAAUGCAUCCAUGUGCCCUGAUCUAGUUUGCUUUCAGGUACUUGAAUUCUGGUGUGGGCACUGUGGGAAUGUCCAGGGUGGGAGGAGAGGCUAUAUUGUUUAUUAAUAUCCUUGCUAACUUGCACUAGCAAGUUCCUUUACUUAGCAGAGUUUCACAUUCCCCUUUUAAACACACAGCAGAUAGCUGGUUUCAGGCUUGUGUAAGCCUCUCACUAUUAGGUUCCUGGUAAGUUCCCUUAUAUCCCUCUUACAAGAAUAAACACGCCACAAUCUUGUAUAAAGUAUAGAAACGAAGUUUACUCACAUUCAGUUCACAGUUGGAUCCCUGAAGGCAGACUUAGUUACGAAGUAUAUACAUGUGGAGCUAUCCCAUAUGGGGAUAAUCCCAGUGUUGUCUGUUGGCUGAGAGCCAACAGAGCAUCUCUAGCUAGAAAGCUGCUCCAACGACAGAGGAAGUCAAACAGAGGGAGAGUGAUGUGUGCCUUGUCCUUUUUUUACCUGGACAGGUAAUGUCAUGCCCCCCUCUAGUCACAUGCAAAGGAAGUAUGUCCCAACCAGGAGGAAACAGGAAGUUCUUGAGUGGCUGGACCAAACAUUCCCCCGCAUGUCCACUCUAGGAAAACAAGGAAUAUUGUACUUGACUGCUACUUAUGUCUCACAUCCCACAAGCACUGAGUUUGCCACCGUUCACUUCAGCAGAGGGUACAGAUGUGCAAACUUGCCCCUGCUCCUGUCACCUUGGAAAUGUGCAAAGUAAUUAUUAACAAAGAGAGAAACAGAAAAAUCGGAAAUAAUGCAGCUUAUGAUCCAAACCAAUUGCAUGGUUGGAAUUGGCUCCCCACCCCCUCCUGCCAUCUCUCCUUGAUUCCUCAAAUACUCUUCUCAUCAGCCUCCUUAAUUCCUAACACCUUUUCCCUUAAAUACUUGUUGGCUGACAGGAGGCACACUGGUUCUGUACAAGAAGAAGGAAGGAGGAAGGCUUUUCCCUUCCCUCCUACCUCUAGAUGUCCUAGCUAUGUUCCAUGACACUAGAGAGAAGGAGGGAGAAAGGGCAGACCACCCUUUUCCUCUCUUCUCAUGCUCCACUGCACAGAAGAUGCUGCCUAAUAAGACUUUAAAUGGGGAAAUGGAUUAAGGGUUCGCAGUGUAGGCAGGUGGGGUGGGAAACCAAUAUUUAGUCCCUGGCUUGGAUUUUAAUCUGAGCCAGAGAAUAACUCGGUGGCUUGUAAAUCCUUUGAAGCUUCAAUUAUGAGCCCCUCAAGCUCUAAGAUGAACCCAGAAAUUGAAAGCUUUGCUGGCAUCUGUAAUGGUGGGUUCUAAUUUGUGAAUGUAAACAAACACAUGUGUCGAUGGAAUCCCUCUCUUGAAAUGAAUGGGGUUAUUCUUAUUGGUAAUUUAUCUUUAUGCACACAUCAAAGGACACAGAGUUUUGGAUCAGAGUCACAGCUCCUACACUCAGUCUAAGCCAUUGAAUGAAUGACCUUUGCAGGCCAAUGCUGUGAUAGAAAUAGUGCUUGGAAAACUAACGUCAGGAAAAUAAAUCAACACUUUCACAGGCACUUUUUUCUUGAAGCCCAGAGCUGCAGUUAAUAAGAUCUACUCAUGUUACCUGCGUUGUCAAGCUCAACCCAUUUUAACAAUCUGAAUAGUAAUGUAAUGUGGAUCAGCUGAUGCCUCAUUGCCUCUCACUGACUGUCUUGUAUAAAAAUGGGAAAUAAAAAAGACUGAGUUUGGGGUCAAAUUUGGGUCCUCUCUACAUGCUUUGAUUUGCACUGUGAUUCAACACAGUUAACAAAGAGCUUAUUGUGCUGUCUUCUAUCUCAGAGCACACGUAUGCUACCGAUUCAGUCAAUCUUUAUUAUUACCAUCACGGAUCAGCCACUAAGUUACAAUCAGACAAAUACGACUUGCAAUUUACAUGCCAGCAAAAGACUGUUAGGAAUUAGCAGCACAGUCAAGGACUAGGCUGUUGUGUGUGCGUUGUUGCACAUUCACAGCCAUACUUAGAAUGGGUUGCUGAGUGCUAGUCUAGUUGGUAAGGAGAUUUAACCAUCCAAUUCCUAGAAAUGCAUGUUGAUGGAGAAAAUUUGCCAUUUUGGUAGUGAUUUCUUUUGUGGAGUGUGACAGAAGGAGGGAGGUGUAAACAUCAGAGGUGCCUGGGAAUUUAGUUCCACUGCAAAUUUAAACAGGCACCAUAGUUUUUUGAUUGCCCUAGCUUUUCCUAAAGAACCAGAGAAUUAUAGUUUAAUGAGUAUCAGUAGGAUAGGAUCGCUGAAUCUUAUUAUAGCGACCUGCUUGACAGCUUGCUUUGAGAGCCGCCACCUGUGAAUAGGAUUUGAAAUUGGUUUCAGCUUCAAAGUUUUGCUUGCAGAUUUGUAGUAGCCAGUAAAAAAAGUCAGAGAUGCAACCCUCCCGUUUCUUAGAUUUGGAGAUGUGGUGUGUCCGCUGUAUUGUCAGCUAGGAAAUUGCAUGUGUCUGAAUUUCCACAUUCUGUGGGGUUGAAUUUGCAUGAAAGGGGGCUGUCAUUCAUUUGCACCAACACUGCAAGAUAUGGAGAAUGGUUUUCAGGUCAGUUCUCCUCUAUCUUUCCAGCACAGCACGAUGCUAUAAACCAGGGGCAGAGAACUUGCAGCUUGCAGACCUAACCGGGUCUGUGAGGCCAAGCCACACACCACUGCCUCUACACUUGAUAUCAUAUGUGGCACCAGGUGUGGGUCAAGGAGAAACACGGCUGGGCCAAAUGGACAUUGCAGUCACCGCCAAUCAACUGAUUGGCAGCACUUGCAGAAACAAACCUGCACAAAACCCUGUGUGUGGUGCUUUGCAAACCCCACGGCUGGGUUUCAAACCAUGCAGCUCAAAAUGGUCCCUUUACAUCACUGCGACAUCAGGUGAUUGGUAGGAGGCUGGCCCCUCCCACCUGUCAAUCCUGCUUCAUGGGAGAAAUAAAAAUCUGGACCACUGGUCGGAUCGCUUUCCCUGCCUCUGCUAUAGAGAUUCCAAGCCUAAUUAAAUGCGAAGAUUUGUAACCAAACCCCAGUGGGCUUUUCUUCUUUUUAAAGGGAAAAGCAGCUUCUAGAGGAGGCAGUUUGGAGAGAAGUAGUGGGGAGAAAUGCUGUUUCCCCCUACCCAGCCACCCCACAAGUGCCCCUUCCUAAAGUGCCUUUUAAACAACUACUGGAGUUCUGUUAGAUGCAUUUGUGUGUCACGCUGGGGAGAGGCCCUCAGGUAAAUUGGAGCCAUUUAAAAUAUGAUUCAUCUUUAGCGGAUUGCGAAGAUUAAAUAUAAUGGGCCUGUGUUACAAAAGCUGGUAAAAAGCUUAUUCUGAGCUGCAAGAUUAUUUUGGCGCACUCUAACCGCCGCGAAGCACUUCUAAGCUUCCCGGAUUGCAAUCAUAAUGUUAAAACACAUACUUAAUUCUCUGCCCCUGAAAUAAAUAGGGUUUAAGUGCUUAACAGUAGCUGGUGCAUGCCCUUUAUCUGCAGCAAACAAGUCUUUUCCUUUUUAUCUCUCCCUUGCCCCUUUUCUAUCUCUGUUACAAAAAGGGCCUAUUUUUAAAAAAGAAAUUCAACCAUUCUGCCUUAGAAAUGUUUGUUUGAAAGUUCCAAAAGCAAAUUACCUGCUUUCUUUUUUUGGAAAAAAAAAAAGUAUCUCAUAGAAAUUCUAUUUAAUUUGCUGUUUUGUCCCCCCCCCCCCAAAGCUCAGCUCUGUACUCUUCAGGUGAUAGUUUUGUGUAUGUAAAAGGUUAAAAUGUGCGCUGCUAUACUGGGAACUGCCCCCCACCCAAAGCUUGGGCUGGCUCUUAAUUGGCUGGGUUCAAAAAAAAGUGGAAAGAAGGUGUGCUCUAAGGACCGUUCUAAAUCGUGGGUUGUAUCCAAUGAAGUUUUACUCAAGAGUAGACCCAUUGAAAUUAAUGGGCCUAUGUUUGCCGUGUCUAUUAAUUUCAAUGGGUCCCCUCUAGGUAGGAUUAGCAACUCUGUUCCCGUCAUUGUCUACACCCAACAGCUUCAUUCAGGCAUCACUUAUUUUAAUGUAAUGCCCCAUCUAAGGUGGCCUCAAAGCAAAGCAAAAUGCAUCCCCAAGAAAGCGGAGAAUUAGGGCUCAGAUUUGCAUAGAAGUUGCACCUACUAAUUUUAUAGACCUUGAUGCACAUGUAGAAAUAAUUCCUAUAAUUUGAAUGGAAAUGCAGCAUAGACCACCAUAAUGGGGAAGGUUUUGCCAGGUUGCCUGUGGGCCCACUCAGUUGGCUGCCCGUGUGGUCAAUGUUAAUGGGCAACAUCGAGACCCUUCCUGGCCUCCCUUCUUAGGCCACCCCAAGUCCCAUCAUCACAUAGCAAAAGAAGGAAGUUGCUUUUCAGAAAGGUUAAAGCAGGAUUCCUCAACCUGGUGCUCUCCAGAGGCUUUGGACUACAAUUCCCAUCACCCCCAGCUAGCCAUUCAGUUCUGGCUAGGGGCUGAUGGGAGAUGUAGUCCAGAGCCCCCAGGGAAUGCCAGGCUGGGAGGGAAUUCUACAAUCAGGGAGCAGCUCUCUUUUGUCACCACCAACUGUGCUUUCUGAUGUUGAUGGGACUAAGAGGAGAUGCUCACUUGAGUAUCUUAGCACCUGGGCAGAUUCAUAUAGGGAGAUGGGGGCCUUUCAAGUAGCCUGGGCCCAUGAGAUUGCACAAAAAAGAGAUGGCAGCUGUACACUCAAAUGACCAGGCAGCUGUUGGGCAGGAAUCUGAAUUUGCCUCUGCAUACCAGGAUGAAGAACAAUCCACCAUGCAACAGUGAGAAACAUCAGGAUAUCCUUAAUACCAUAUUGAUUAUCACAGAUUUAUAAGGAAUUUCUACAGGCUCCUCAAAUACCCACGCGACUGGCUAGCCAUGCCCCCUACUGAAAAACACUAAGAUUUUCAAUUUUAUUUUGAAAGAAUGAUGGGAAUCCCAUAUGGCAGGCCUGGAGAGAAAUUUGGCUUUGUGAUUCUCACUUCCCAAAACAAUCUGUGAGCCGAAGCACAGCUCUCCUUUCAAAAGUCACACUUCUCUGAAUUUUUCAACGCAGUUCUGUGACAACAAUAAGGAGUCCUAAAAUGCACCCGCUAGGGGACAGUGUGCACAAAAUGCACAUUUUCACGAAAAUAACAUAUAUAAUAAACACAUUAUAUAAGGCAAAUGUGCAUACAAAAAAUGUAUACUAGAAUGCCAGUGGUUUUUCGUGAGAUCUUUUAAUUUUUGAAGAUUCAAAUUGGAACUGAAAUUAAGAUUGGAAAAAUGAGAAACAGAGAGAAACUGAAAUUGGCAGAUUCAACCACCUUCCAUCAAGGGUGGAGAACCUAGUGUCCUUCAGAUUCUGUUGGACCUCAGUGCCCGUCAACAUGGUCAAGGGUCAUCAGUGGCGGAAGGGGCCGUCCAACAACAUUUGGAGGGCCACAGGUUCCUCACCUCUUCUUUAUGAAAGGUUAGUUGAAAACAGGUAGGGCCAUUUUCAGUUAAACCUAAGUCUCCUUCCCUUCUGUGACAUUCUGCUUUGCAGGAGAAUGAAUUUAAAUAUGCUUUGCCUAAGGUUACAGUUGGGUUCCAUGACUUGUAGGUGACAUCAUUACGCUACUCCUAUAUCAACCUUAAGGAAGCAGUUAAUAUAAUGUGUUGUCAUUGGUGAGAAGUAAGGGGAGAAGGAGGGGCUCCCUUGAUAUCGUCCAAUGUGUCUAGCUUGGCUUCUUACGGAUAGCAUACUGAUGUGCAGUUGGGUUAUGUCUCCCCUCAACUUUCCUCCAUGACCGACCUUUUCCAGCUCUGCAAAUAAGAUGUCUAUCAGGUUCCCUUCCUUUGCAUUUGGUUCUGAGAGGAACAGAAAGCACUCCCCGUGCUCGCUAAGCUGCUUUUGAGGUUUAAGGAUGCAAAAGCAUAUUAGCUGUCUCAAGGCAACCGCUUAAGUCCCAUGAAAGAUGUCUCGACAAAAGAGCUUAAGCAGCUAAUAAUGUUCAUUGACAAGCAAGCAAUGAUGGAGACCUUUAUGUGUGUCUGUGUGGCAUGUCUUGACUAUGUUGCUGCCGCAUGCUUCUAGUCCCUCCUGCUUUUGUUUGUGUGCUGAUGAAAUUAAAGUUAGCCAGUGGAACAGGAUUCGGGACUCUUCGGGGCAUGAUUGAUCUCAGUGACAAGCAUCCAUUUGAAUGAUGAUACUGUCCAUUAUGAACUCGAACUGCGACAAAUUUUAGUCACAGCCGGGGGUUCAGUUUUUAAAAUUAUUAAAGAAGCAGCUGUGAAUGGGUGGCCAAGAGGGCAUGGAAAGAGUUGAGAUGCAACAGGUUUUGAAUCUUUUUUUUGACCCGGAACCUUUUUUGAAUGUGAAAUUUGACAUUGUGAGAAAACUAUUUUGUUUUGAAAAGAACAUUAUCACAUCUGCAUCAUACAUUUAAAGCAUACUUAUACUGUGUUAAUAGUCAUGGCUUCCACCAAAGAAUCCUUGGAACUAUCAUUUGUCAAGGGUGUUAUAGCUCGGUGACGGGUCUCCAAAUUGCCCUCAGGACCUGUAACAAAGUAUAGGACCCAGGAGCCUGGCUGUUACAAUGGUAAGAGUGCUUUAAACAGAUGGUGUGAAUGUGACUUCUAAGCUGAGGUCAAUGCUCUAUGUUGUGGUCAAAGCCACCAUCUGAGCUCAUCCAGUGUGCUCAUGGAGAGCAAUUAUUCCCAUUUUUGACUGCAAUUCAGCACUGGACAAACUCCAAAUUUCACAUGAUGAUUUCUUUAUGACUAUGAAUCCUGUGAAUCUUUUCUCCUUAACACAUUUUUCAUAUGCAAAUUUCCUUGUGAUCUGUAUUUAUUAGGGAAAAACAAUUAUCUGAAAAAACAAGUAGCAAGAAUAACUUGCAGAUCAUUAACAUUUUCAAUUUAAAGAUGGAGAGAUGAGUUCUGAAAGAGGGAUUUGUCUGAAACCACAAAAUUGAGUCCACUCCUCCUAAGUCCAUAACACCACCUCUUUAUCAUUUCAGUCAAAUGGACCAGAAUUGGAAAACAAUAGUAAACCCUGAGUGUGCAUUCUAUCACUGCACUGUGGUUCCUUCCCUAGUAAAGCAGUUGUGAUGGUGGGUUUUUACAAGCACCCUCCAGAGAAGUGGGAUCCUUAUUAGUGCUGAGCUGAAACAGGUCUUAGAAGGACCAGUUGGCUGGUUUCGUUUGCUUACUGUAAUGUUCCAGUUUUUCGGGUUGCAGGUAUUUUGCCAACAGUCAGGAGAGCUUUGGCUAUGUCAUCUUGUUACAGUGCAUUUGGAGAACCAAGCUAGAUACUGAGACAUACUCAGGAGCUAACGAAACCUUGAAGGAGUUUCACUGAGGACAUGCAUGACUUCUUAUAUUCAGUCUGGUCAGUCCCUGGAAGUGGAGGGGGGAGAGAGGGGGGAGCGUGAAGGGAGAAGGGUAAGGGAGAGAAAGGAAAUGUUCUACCAUUCCCUUGUUCUUUAACUCUCUCUCUUCACUUCUCUCCUUUCAUGCACCUGCAUUCUCUCUUCCUUGUCAAAAGCUGCCACAUUCCAUUCUCCUGUUUACCAGAGGAUAGACACCUUUCCUGGUCACUUGUGGUGAUUUGAAGCCAUCAGUGGAACCAGGGAGGCUUUCAGUGCAAAGAUUACUGGUAACAGGCACUCAAAAGCUUGCUGUGUUGGAGAUCAGAUGCAGACUUCUGGGGUUCAUAAUGUGUGCCUCAAAGAAGACGAAAGCAUUACACCCAUGAAUUCUUCUCUGGUUCAGAUUUCUCAGAAGAAUGACUCUUUCCCAGCCACCAAACCUCCAGCUGACAAGCCUUCACCAGGGCAAGAGAGGUUUAUUAUGUUUUUAGAUAUGCUGUAAGCUGCUCUGAGUGGCCAGGGAAACCCAGCCAGAUGGGUGGGGUAUAAAUUAUUAUUAUUAUUAUUAUUAUUAUUAAAUGAGGUUUCCCUUGGUUGAAUCAUGCUGUCAAAGGUAGCCUUGGAUUGUGGUGUCUUGCUGGGCUGAUCUUCACAUGCAUACCAAGACUGAGGUUGCAGUCUUCCACAACAACAAAAGGUUGGGCUAGGUGGAACCAACUUUUAUAUUGAUCCACCAAGACACUCCUUACAUCCUGAUGCCUGCCUUCCCCACUUUUGGAGACUAAUCCAAGCAUUAGAGCAGCUGCGUAUUAGCUGCGCACAAAUUGUAUUAUGACCAGGAAGUACCCACAGCAGUGCUACAGCCUCAAAGGAAGAAUAGAACUGCCAUGCAGAUUCAUCGAUCUGGGGAACGGCCGUAGCUCAAGGUACAGAGGAAUCAUCUUGAUUCCUCCUACUUGUUGUGGUCACCUGUUUGUUUAUGCACCCUCUGGCCCAGAGUGGAUGAGAAGUGGUGGGCAGCAGCACCUCUGCCCUCUGCUUUUUCACCAGUCGUUCUCCUGACAGGCGUUCAGCCAACAGCAGUGGUAGUGAGAAGGAUGAGGGCUUUUUGGAGUGGGGGCAACACUUGAGGGUAUCUUGCUUGAGGGCAUCUUGGCACCUUGAGCUGGUAUGCCACCAAACUCUGGUUUGCCAUUGUGUCAGAACUUGGGAGGGGGGCAGGCACAGAAGAUGCAAAGUGUGCAAGGAUGCAAGAACAAGCCAGGCAUAAAUAAGGCUUGUAUAUACUAACAUGAGUCUUAAAUUAAAAGUGGAGUAGCCUAUCUGAGCUGAGAUUGUUUCCUUCUUAAUAUCUGCUCUGUUGCUUGACUCUUGAGCCUUUAUUUUCCCUCUGAAUUCUUCUCUCCCCCCCCCCCAAAUAAAUAUACUACUUGACAUAGCACGUAGCUGACUAUGGAAUUUGCUACCACGAAAUGUAAUGAUGGUCACCUUUAAAAAGGGAUUAGGGUAAUUCAUAGAGGAUAAGCUUGUCAAUGGUGCUUAGUCAUAAAGGCUACAUAAUUACCUCUGGUACCAGUUACUGAGGGAGCAUCGUUUGCGCUCAUGUUCUGCUUGUGGGGACAUCUUUUGGCCGCUGCGGAAACAGAAUUCUGGACCAGAUGGGCCUUGGGCCUGAUCCAGCAGGGCUCUGCUUAUGGCCUCCUGUUCUCAACUGAACUGCUACUGAAUGGCCAGCUUUGUUGCUUGAUCUCUACAAGGAGGCUUUGCCUUUUGUUUGACAGUGUGCGAUUGCUGUCUAUGCUCUGGCAAAUCUGGAGAGAAAGAUGGGCCAGGCCACCAGCGUUCCUUUCCUACAUUGCAAAGCAAAGUGCCUGCCUGCUUUUCUGCGUUGCAUGACAGCUAGCCAUCGUGAAGGUUGUGCCUUAAUCUUCCCAAGGAAGCAAAUGACUAACCUUGCGCUCUGCCCGCUGAGAGAGUAAUGAGUGGUUUGUAGGCACCUGCCUCCAGUUCUGGCAAAAUAAUGCAGAGAAUGUCACUGGUUCCUGUGCAGAAAGGAAGCCCAUGUUGACAAACGUGUAUGUUCUGUUUUGUUUCAGGGAAUCUGACUAAACAUAUGAAGUCAAAAGCCCACAGCAAAAAAUGUCAGGAGAUGGGUGUGUUGGUGUCUUCGCUGGUGGAGCAAGAAGCAGAUGAAGGUAAAGCUCAUACCGAUUCAUUCAUUCAUUUCUUACUGUCUACAUAUCACAUUCCUGAUGCCAGAUAGAUCUGGAUUCAAAUUAAUUCAUCUAUUUCUUUUAUCAUCACAUUUUUAUCCCACUGUUCCUCCAAGGAGCUCAAAGUGGCACCUAUACUUCUCCCCCCCCUCCCAUUUUAUUCUCACAAACAACCCUGUGAGGCAGCUUAGGCUGAAAGACAGUAACUGGCCCAAGGUCACCCAGCACUUAAAACCCCAUUUAAAGACGUAGUCGGGGGCGAGGGAGAGCAAGAGACAUAGGCUCCAUUUGCACUAUUUAAAUCCCUAUGAUACUACUUUCAAUGGGACGUGGGUGGCGCUGACUUGCCGAUCAGAACGUUGGCGGUUCAAAUCCCCGCGACAGGGUGAGCUACCAUUGCUCAGUUGCUGCUCCUGCCAACCUAGCAGUUCGAAAGCAUAUCAAAGUGCAAGUAGAUAAAUAGGUACCGCUCCGGUGGGAAGGUAAACUGCGUUUCCGUGCGCUGCUCUGGUUUGCUAGAAGCGGCUUAGUCAUGCUGGCCACAUGACCCAGAAGCUGUACGCCAGCUCCCUCGGCCAAUAAAGCGAGAUGAGCGCCGCAACCCCAGGGUCGGCCACGACUGGACCUAAUGGUCAGGGGUCCCUUUACCUUUACCUUACUACUUUCAACAGUCAUGGCUUUCCCCAAAGAAUUCUGGAAACUGAAGUUAGUUAAAGUUGCCAAGAGUUGUUAGGAGUCUCUUGUUCUCGUCACAGAGUUACAAUUCCCUGGGAAGAGAGAUGGGUUGUUGAGCCACUCUGGGAAUUUUAGAUCUGUGAGGGGAAUAGAGGUCUUCUAACAACUCUCAGCACUUUUAACAGAUUUCUCUUCCCAGGAUUCUUUGGGGGAAAGCCAUGACUGGUUAAAGUGGCAUGAUUCUGCUUUAAAUAUCUAGUGCAGAUGGGGCCACAUAGAAGCUGCCUUCUCCUCACCCUUCCUGUUAGACCGCCCCUGCCCCCUCUUUUGGCCGCCCUGGAUUGCUCCAGGUGGAACUCAUCCAACCUGGGAUGAUCUGGGGCUGCUUCAACCUGGUCUGACUGAAUCCCAGGUUGGCCCAAUUUGAUUUGUGACCUGGCUGGAUCUGGUGAGCAGAUAUACAGAAACACACAUAUGUGCACAUGUGCUGCAUUCCAUAUUUCACUGUGCGUUUGAGUGCGUCUGAAGAUUUACAGAAUGCCAUCCAUUUAACCAAUAAAAGAGUAUCCUACGAUUUUCCCAGCUGUACUUGUUUCAAAGGUAUCGUCUUACAUUUCCAGUGAUCAGCAUAAACCAGUCUAGCAUCCACUAGAGCAUUUAUUACUACCUCAUGUUGCUUUCUGGGGAUGAAAUCUGGUAUAAAAUUAAGAAGUCAAGCAAGAGGACCAAGUUACACAUAAAUGUUCCUGUUAUAAAAUUAUUUACGAGUAGUCUUUCAGCCCCCAAAGGACCCCAAGGUGACGUAACAAUUUAAAAACCUUUAACCUAAAAACAACAUUGAAUCCAAAUCUUUAUUGCUUAGCCAAAGGCCAUCAUCAGUCAUACAACAGUAUAGCAAAAAAAUGUGGAACUACUCAAAAUUGGAUUAAAACCCACCAAUAACUUUUAUCCAUUGCAAUAUCUAAUACAUAUGUAUAUAUAUAUAUCCAAUAUAUUUUAUGAGAUGUAAAACUAUAGUACUCAUUGCGCACAAACACACAGAACCGCAUGAGAAAAACAAUUUUAUGACAAACAGAUGGGGGCGGGGGCACAGACAAACAGAUGGAACAGAAUUGAUUUACAUUUAAAAUCAUUCAGAGGUCAUAGAGAGCAAAUCAAGUUUUAAUGGUCCAAUGAAAACUAAGAAAGAUGAUGCCAGUCUAACUUUAAAAUGGAGGUGGGGUGAAGUUUCAUACUUGGGAGUGCUGUCAUUUAUUUAUUCAUUUGAUUGCUCUUACACUUCGCUUUUCCUCCAAAACGCAUACACCAUCCUCUUCCUCUCCAUGUUGUCCUCAGAACAACCCGGCGAAGUAGGUUUGGCUGAGAGACUGACUGGCUCAAGGUCACCCAAUGCGCUUCAGGAGUGAGCAGGGAUCUGAACACAGAAAAGACUUUUUUCCCAUUCUGAAGCGGCUGUUAUCUGCCCGCCUACUCCCCGGCACUUGCGACAAUGGUCAGUGUCGAUGAGUGUGGAGUUUAGGAGAGCUGGAUUUUUGAGGGAGGCUACGCUCAGCAAGGCAUCCUGCAUUAAGUACCACAAAUAAGCUUUGGAGAGUCAUUAUCCGGAUGACUGUGCUGUGCAGCUGAACUGAGCACAGAGCAGCAGAGGGUGUGGCCUCCCACUAGUGACCCAACUAACCUAGCUAUGGGGCCAUGUAGUCCACCAGCUAAAUGCCAUUUGCACUAUAAAAUCUGUCUGCUUCCAGCAUUCCACAGAAAGCAGCCUGGGGCACUCCCUUUUCAUUGCCCUGCCAGGUAGAUGGUAUCACUUUGGGCCAAAUGGCAUCAUACGAAAUAGAUAUUGUUGCUGGUUGAUGUUUCUGCAUCGCUGCUAAAUAGCAGCUGCGGUGGUGGUAACAGGAUUAGGACUGUGGCACACAAGAUGGGGAGCGGAGGGCAUUUCCUCAAUGCCGUUCAGCCGCAAAGAGAACUUCGCCAGAAGCUACUGUUUUUAUCACACACUAUUGGAGCUUUCUUAUGCAAAAAGCAGCUGAGGGGCUCAUUGGGACUGCUGCAGGAGGGAAAGGGUUAACCAGAUCUCCCUGUGCAUUGCAGCAGUCCCAUGGGCAUAGCUAGGGGAGGCAGGAGGCAGCUAUCACCCCAAAUCAAGUAAAUCAGUAAAAAUUCUUAACUAACUGUGGUUCUGCCCCCUAAAUAUGAAACCUGACCCCCCAAUAAAUCCUGGCUGUGCCCAUGAGCAGUCCCAUUCUGGAUUUGAUUCCCUGCUCCCCAGUGGCUGGUGUUCAUGGGGAAGAAAGUUAUCCAUGGCUAAUAGCCACAGUGGCAAGGCUCUUCUUCCACAUCUGGGGGUAGUCGUGCUUCCGAAAACCAGUUGCUGGAGACCACAGGAGGGGAGAGUGCUCUGGGACUUGAACCCCGCUUGCGAGUUUCUGGUUGGCCAUUGUAAGAACAGGUUGCUGGAGCAGGUGGGCCACUGGCCUGAUUCGGCAGGGUCUUUUUACGUCCUUAUGACACCUGAGCUCAAAAGUCACUAUGCUGAAUGUUCUUAUGCUCUUAAGUUCACAAAAGAAACCCAGGAGCAGAGCAAGGUGGGUGCGGUGGGGGUGGAGUGCCCCAGGUGUCAUCUCUGAGGGGGUGACUUUUGGCACACCACCCGCCCACGACUCGUCGGGGGCAGGUGGGGAGCUGCAGCGUUUUGACAGCCCCGCGCUCCCAGGCUGCUGGAGGAGGCAGGCAGUCAGGGAGAGGACGGGAAGGAGUCAUGCGAGCAAACAAGCAGAGGGGGGUGGGAAGGAGAGAAGCAAAAGCUCCCUCAAAUGUGGACUCAAACCCUGGAACCCCAGAAGAAGCUCAACAAUUUUAGCCACCCCCUAAAAGAGCUCAACAACUCCCGGCAAUGACAAUGACAACUAGAUUUCAAUGGUGGGGGUGUGUGACAAGAAAUUUUUCCCACCGGGCACCACCUGACCUUGCUACACCACUGAAGAAACCACCACCAGUUCCCAUGUUGGGGGCAUUGUCUAAAGGUAAAGGGACCCCUGACCAUUAGGUCCAGUCGUGGCCAACUCUGGGGUUGCGGCGCUCAUCUCGCUUUAUUGGCCGAGGGAGCCGGCAUACAGCUUCCGGGUCAUGUGGCCAGCAUGACUAAGCCGCUUCUGGCAAACCAGAGCAGCGCACGGAAACGCCGUUUACCUUCUCGCCGGAGCGGUACCUAUUUAUCUACUUGCACUUUGACGUGCUUUCAAACUGCUAGGUUGGCAGGAGCAGGGACCGAGCAAUGGGAGCUCACCCUGUCGCGGGGAUUCGAACCGCCGACCUUCUGCAUGGCAAGCCCUAGGCUCUGUGGUUUAACCCACAGCAGGAGGCAUUGUCUAGACUCGUCCUAAAACAUUGAGGUGGGGAGGGAGGGCUACUGUCUGCUCUGCUUGUGGAUUUCACUGGGGCAUCUGUCUGGCUGUGAGAUGCUGAACUGGAACUGGGCCUUUGGCCUGACCCAUCAGAGUAUGUCCUGUGCCUUUAUGAACGUACAGCCUUAAGACAGCAGACAUUGUGAUUUUCACUCGCUUGCCACGGUGCAACUUUCCUUCUUUGAAAUCCAGGCUUUCCUCUACCCCUUCUCUCUCUCUCUUUUGCUGCUUUACAUCAUGAAAAAAGGAAAACGUUCCACAUUCGGAAUAGAUGGUGCUUUGCCAGAGUUUUACCCUGGGGAGGAAAGAACGUGCAAAAGAAAAAAAACGGGGGGGGGGGAGGAUUGAGUCCAGUAUCGUGUCAGUCACAAGGGAGAUGCAUUCAUGCUGGUGUCAGCCAGCGGACAUCUGCUCCAGUGUCAGAUUGCUGGAGGAGUUGCGGAGCCUGCUAACUUACUCAGAAUAACUGAUUAGCUUUGAGAGCCCCUCGAAAAGUGUUCGCUGCUCUUAGCCUGACUUCUUUCUGAGACUGAACGGCAAACCUGCUGGGGGUGGUGCACAGGCCAAGCGGCCACAUCCCCAUUUCACAGAAUCUUAGAAACUGUAAAGUUGGAAGGGACCUCAAGGACCAUCUUGCCUGACCCCCUGGCAAUGUAGGAAUCUAAACUAAAGCAUCCACAACAGAUGGAUUUCAGCUUCGGUUUGGUCCUCAUUUCUUUUUGGUCCCAGGCAUGUUAGUGAUGCGUUGAAAACCCGCAAAUGCUGCUCUAUGCGGUGGAGAGCUGUAGGAUGUGGACCACGACACACAGUGCCAGAUUUACGUGUAAGCUAAACAAGCCAUAGCUUAGGGCCCCACUCUCUUGGGGGCCCCAAAAAAUUUAAAGGAAAAAAGAACUGGAUGUAUAUUUCCAAAAUAUAAGAUAAAAAUCAAAUAAAAUAAAGCCUACAUACAGCAACAGUGUUUUGUGUUGUGUAGGCUCCUGUGAUGUAAGUAAUGGGCCUCGCCUGCUAGCCUGCUCCCUAAAAUAUCACUGGUUUGCUCAUUUCUAUAUAUAGGAUGCCCUCAUUCAUUAUGUGCAAAUGGCUCUAGAUACCUAUUAGGUCCAUAAAUCACCAUUUACCAUAUAUUCAGCACAAAAAAACAGUGACAAUUUGUUGUUAACAAAGGACAGCUAGACAUAUAAAGGGCCCCAUUACCUUCAGUAGCUUAGGGCCUCAUCAAACCUAAAUCCGGAGAUUUUGUGGGUCUUGCUCUCAAGGACUUGGUCCUUCCCAUCGUUUCCCACAACCCCUCUUGGCUAAUGGUGACACAUUGCAAGCGGCACAGUGUGUCACCACCUCAGCAAUUAUUCGAGGCUUCGAGCCAACAGGGCAUUUGCUCUGCUUGCAAAAUGGGGGGGGGGGGAGCACGCUCAGGGGAGCAUGAGGGCAUCUGCUUUCUUUAAAAAAGGCAGAGCCCCCACCACAAUUCUGCCUUGUGCACUUUGAAGGGCUGUGUGGCUGGAGUGAACCCUAAGCGGCUGCCUGAGGUCUCCCAUUCCCUUUUUUCAAAGAGCCUGUCCAGGGGACGUUCUUAGUCUGCAGGCACCUGCAGAGCUCCACCGUGAGAGCUGAUCUCAACUCUGUGGCAGGAAUCCACUGGUAUUCAGAAUGGAAUCCUCUCUGGUCUGUUGAUGUUGGCUGCACCCCCUGUCCACUGGAAUGUGUUUAGCUGUCUGGGCUUUGCCGCUUUAUGCAACAAGACAUGUAAUUUUAGAAUUACAACUCACUCGCACACUCAACUCAUUUCCACUUUUGGCUGAAAGGCACUCGUGCUUGUACUGAAUGAGCCUGCCCACGAAGAAGAAGUUUAAAAAUGGGGGAGAAAAGGACAGAGCUGGCCAGAUCAAUCUAUUUCCCCUUCAUGUCAAUCUUACCUGUCUUCAUUCAGAGCAUCCCUUUCUGCACUAAUCUCUUACUUUUCGUAAUGUGAAAAUUUGCAUUCAACAGGACUUUAAAGGAAGUCUAUUGAACUUAGGUCUUAAAGGGUGUGACCCUCAAAUAUGUAAUUUAUCAUAAAGAACAUAUUUCUAAGUGUGUUUUCUCCUAAAACAUUCAAUAUUUAAAUGCCCUUUCAUAUGUUUUUAAGCCGGGAACUAUAUUGCAAAAUUUAGGCAGAUAUGAAACCCAAAGAAUAACUACAUUCUGAUCUGUGUAAGUCACCCAGAAAGUGAAAGUUAAGUCAGGACACAUUUGUGCUGUACAUUUUAAACCCUCUUAUACAACUGUUGCAGGGACGCGGGUGGUGCUGUGGGUUAAACCACAGAGCCUAGGAUUUGCCGAUCAGAAGGUCGGCGGUUCAAAUCUGUGCAACGGGGUUAGCACCCGUUGCUCGGUCCCUGCUCCUGCCAACCUAGCAGUUUGAAAGCAAGUCAAUGUGCAAGUAGAUAAAUAGUUACCGCUCCAGCGGGAAGGUAAACGGCAUUUCCGUGCGCUGCUCUGGUUCGCCAGAAGCGGCUUAGUCAUGCUGGCCACAUGACCGGGUAGCUGUACGCCGGCCCCCUCAGCCAAUAAAGCGAGAUGAGUGCUGCAACCCCAGAGUUGGUCACGACUGGACCUAAUGGUCAGGGGUCCCUUUACCUUUACCUUAUACAACUGUUGCAGCCAUGGAGAAUCAUGGGAAGUGUAGUUUGCUAAGGGUGCUGGGAGUGGCAAGUCUGUGAGGCCAGCACCUUCUGCAAACUAUGUUUCCCAGGAUUCUCCAUGACUGUUAAGGUGGCAAAAGAGGGCUUUAAAUGUAUGGUGCAGGUGUGACCUCAGUUCACUUUCAAAUGUGCCCUGAAUAAAUGUCUCCUGCAUCCCUAACGCAACAGUGCGCCUAACGAGGCUGUCCAAUCAACCCGGGGAAAUCGCACCACUGCUUCCUGUAUUUUGCUGCCUGCUGAAGAAAUUGCAAUGGGAAGCUUGUUUAUAGACUCUUAAAUGAGAUGUUGGUCCAUUUAAUCUGUUUCUUGUAGUACAUAAAAUGCCAUUUUAUAUCCCCCUUGUCUCCCAUCUUGUAGCGUCUUCUAUCUGAUAAAGCUGAAACCAUUCCCACCCAGCAGCUUUGCUCAAUUUUAUUCUAAUAGUGCCUCUCUGUGGAAGAGUAACACCCGGAGUAAUGAUGAUGGGAGCAUAAAUCAUCCAUCUGUCACCCAGAUGAAUAAGCAUCCAUGACAGUCAGUGAAAAACGAAUGAAUAACAACAUAAUAUGGGGUGGGUGGGGGAAUCCACUUAGAAGUUUUCCUGCACUACGCUUUUUUAUUUUAAUUUUUAUGAAUGCAAGCGGCUUAGAACUCAGUGGGGUUCCUGUGCCAUUCUCUUUUGUUUCCAAGUGGCUCACACUGAAAGACUUCCUAGCAUGUUUCUCUUUUUCCUCUGCCAAACCAGAAUGCUGAAUCAUUUUGAUGGAUUGCCAUCCAGCCUCUGUUUAAACGCUUCCAGGGAAGGAGAACCCACUGCCUCCCAAGGCAUUCUGUUAUUUAGUUAUUUUUUUUAUUUCCUAAAAUUUAUAUACAACGCCUUGAUUGUAAAAAUGAAAAUAAAAAUGCAAAGCAGUUUACAAAAAGAAUUAAAAAGUACAAUUCUAAGUAAAAAAAACCCAGUUAAAAGCAACUAUUUCAAACAUUUCCUCCCCCCUUGAAAUAAAAAAUCUGCAAUAAACUAAAAGUUUUUAAUAUUUAAUGCUGUCUUGUUUUUAACACUCGAUUGGGAGCCACCCAGAGUGGCUGGAGAAACUCAGCCAGAUGGGCGGGGUAUAAAUAUAUUAUUAUUAUUAUUAUUAUUAUUAUUUAAAAAACAGAUUAAAACGCACAUCAGCAUUCGAGAUAUCCAGAUAGGCUUAUCUAAAUAAAAGUGUUUUUAGCGGAUGCUGGAAAGGCUCAGUUGAAGGUACCUGCCUGAUAUCAAUAAGCAGCAAUGAGCAAUAAGUCUAGGUGUUGCCACACUAUAAAAGAGCAGUUUCUAUACUCAAUUCAAACACUCUCAUACAACUGUGGUGCCUGAUGCUUCUGAGCCACUGUGCUUGUUUAUAAAACAAAAUUUGACCAAAUGGCAAAGAAGCGAUCUUGAGGACUUUUGAACUUCUGCAAGAUUUUUUUUUCUGGAAGGGUGAUUUUGCUAUAUUCUGUGUGAUCUAAUGCAGUAUCCCACCCCCUGUCCCCCUUAGGAACCAGUGAAGAUCUCUUCCAAGAUUCAGAAGGGCAGGAGGGAUCUGAGCCGCUUGAAGAACACCAGUUUUCAGACUUGGGAGAGUCUGACGAUGACAAUGACGACGAGGAAGAGGAGGAGGAAGAGGAAGAGGAGGAGGAAAGCCAAGAGGAGCCACCAGUGAAGCUUUCAGAAAUGAAGAACAUCUCCCUCCCAGGACAUUCUCCAAGAGGUUCUCACUCCGCCCAGGAGAAAGGCACCAGGACAGCAUUGUCCAUCUUGGAAGAUGUUGUCUCCACUAGCAAGCGUGCUGUUCGGCAUCACCAGACCACCUCCUCGGGGCCAGAAAUGAAAUGGUCGGCUGACAGCACUGAAGUUGCCGUCUGCCACAGCUUCUUGAGACUCCACCGGCCGGUUUUGACCUCCAGUGGACCCGUGGCUUCUUCUGCUGAGAAGGAACCCAUUACAAGGCCACAGAUGCUCUUAGCGAUGGACUUGUCAAUUUCCAAAGACACCUCUCUGAGAAGGAAGGGGUCUCCAAGCAAGGACUCUGGCUUUGGCGGUGGUGGCAACAACAACCAUUCCAUGUUGGCUAGGAAGCACCUGUUAUCCAAAAACGAAAUGUCUCCGAAAAGAUUUUCGACAGCUGGAGAAACACCUUCUCUGAGGAGCUUCUCUCCAGCAAGGGGGAGGUCCUCUGGUCAUCGAAUGUCUCAGAGGAGAGAGGCGUUUCCCCUCCGCAGUCUGUCGCCGAGACUCGAGCUCUCGCCCAGCAGGUACAUAUCUCCAAAAAGAGAGCUGUCGUCGCGAAUGUACCUCCCACCAGAGAGAGGCGUGUCUCCUGUGAGACAUUUGUCUCCAAACAGGGAUGUCUCUACAGCCAGAUACUUAUCCCUGAAGAAGAUGUUGUCCCAGAGCUAUUCAGAGCCGCCUUCGAGGUAUCCGUCCCCAGGAAGAGAGGACUUGCCUUCUCAUGGCCAGUCGGCAGCAGAUGAAAAAGUUCAAAGCCUGGGUAAAACUCUGCAUGGGAUCUCGUCUUCAGUGCCUCUACCUCACAGGUCCCUCGGCAAGAAUACAGAACUGUAUGAAGAACCUAAACUGGUAAGUUCUUCAGCGUUGGUCUUCCAAGCAGUGAGUGUGGACCCACAAAUCUAAGCAGGGUUACAUCUGUGAGAUCACCACUGUUUACUUUGUGUGUGUGCGUUUUGGAAGUGGAGAGUGUCUUUAAAAAUAAGAAGGCAAGGAAGGAAGGAUAGCAGAGGUCCUUUAUCUUUGUCUUCCUUUACUCACCGUUCUCCCCCACCACCAUUAAAGCUUCAAUUAAAAAGUCAGUUUAUAUGUCCACGUCAGUGCACUGAUUUCUCUAUAUGCACCAGCCCCAUAAGCUGAGCCAUAGCUCAGUGGUGGAGCAUCUGUUCUGCAGGCAGACAGCCCAGGUUGAAUGCCCAGCAUUUCCGGAUAAAGCUAAGUGUGUUCCCUCUCUCAGACCCUGGAGGGCUAUUGCCACUUAGUGUAGAUCAGGAAUAGGGAAAUGUAAGGCCAGAGGGCACCGUUCAGCCCGGACACUGAGGUCCAGCUCUGAUGGCCUUCUGAAGGUUCUCUCACUGUGAGAAGUAAGGCUGUAGGGAACCAGGUAGAGGGCCUUCUCGGUAGUGGUGCCCGCCCUGUGGAAUGCCCUCCCAUCAGAUGUCAAGGAAAUAAACGACUAUCUGACUUUUAGAAGACAUCUUAAGGCAGUAUAGGGAAGUUUUUUAUAUCAGAUGUUUUACCAUGCUUAAUGUGUUUAAUUUGUUGGAAGCCACCCAGAGUGGCUGGGGCAACCCAGUCAGAUGGACCGCAUAUAAAUAACAUAUCAUCACCUUCAUAGACCAGUGAGCUGAAUUGACCAGUGUUUGUACUCCGUAUAAUGCAGCUUACCUGGUUCCUAAUAUGUGUGGGAAUGUUCAGGGAUGCAGGAGAGGAUAUAUUGUUUGAUUAUAUCCUUUCCAACUUGUGUUAACAAGUUCACAAUUUAGCAGAGUAACAUCCCCCUUUUUAAACUUACAGUGGAUGCAUUUGCUCAGGCUCAGUAAAGCCUCUAUAAUAACUGUUCUGGUAUUUUCCCCUUAUUCCCUCAUAAAAGAUAAGACACAACACAGUCUUGAGUGUAUAAACUUAUACUUCUUUAAGUAUAAAAAAGAGUUUACUCACAUUCUGUUCACAAACAGAUCCCAGAAGUCAGACUUAGCUUAGAAAAGUAACAUACACCUGGAAACUAUCUCAUAAGGAGACAGUCCCUUUGUCCUUUCUUGACUGGAAGCCAAGAGAGCAUCUUUGGCUAAGCAGAUGUUGCUUCUUUGAUGCAUGGAAUCAUAGAGAAAGAUGGCUGCCCUGCCCUGUGCUUUUGUCGUUACCUGCACAGGUGAGGCCACACCCACGUCUAGUCACAUGCAGAGGAAGUCUGUCCUAGUUCAGAAGGCAACAGGAAGUUUACCUGCUGGCUGGACAAACAUUCCUCCCCAUGUGUAAACAUGUUCACUCUAGGAAUGUUGUACUUGACUGCUCUUGUGUUUCACAUCCCACAAUAUGUACCUCCUGUCAUUACAGAAGACAGAAUCCAGGAGCCCAGCGAGUUCACCGGGCAUCACUCAGCAUCACUGCGUCAGGCCUUUGCAAUCGCCCCACGACACGCACGCCCAUGCCCCGAGCCGGGUGGAAGACUACAUCUUUAGCCACCUCCCAUUGCACUCCCAGCAGCUACCCCGGAGCCCCUUCCCCAUGAUCCCAAUCGGGGGCAUCCAAAUGGUCCAGGCAAGGCCCAGCGGCCAUCCCAGCUUAGGGCAUGGAUCAGUGAUGUCGCUGCACGCCAGCUACUUCUCCACCAGCGGUGACACCUCUGAAUCGAGCCAAGCGAAAGAUCCCGGCAAGGUGGCCCAAGGCAUCCGAGAAGCUUGCUCUUCAUCCGCAACCCCACCGCUUCAUAGCAGCAGCUGCUUGGAAGGGACAAUAAGGACUAGCGAGUGCCAGCAGAAGGAGGAACACAGGGUGAAAGCCAGCGCCGAACCCGGUGGCCCAGAGUGGGGAAGCCGUACGCCCAGCCGAGACCGUUCCUGCCCAGAGGAUGAGCCUUCAGCCAGCAGGGAAGGCAUCCAGUGGGAAAAGGGGAAGAAACCACGUAGCAGCUCAAACGCCUCAUUGGAACCCCCCUGCACUUUGAUCUCGGACUUUCCCACCCAGACACUGGACAGGAGCAGCAGCGCUGGCUGCCUGCUGGAGCCCUUGUCCUCGAGCCAUUCCUCCUCCCAGCCUCCCACCAGGAGAAGGAACCUCUCUGGGGAGCCAGCUCCCCCCACCACAGGGGUACAGAGGAGGAGGAGCCCUCCCUUGGAGCAAGUCAGCUUCAGCCUACUGCAAAGGCAAGUGGAUCACAAUACAGGAAGUGCUUGAACCCUCCCUCCCAGCUUUCGACCCCGGCUUCCCCGUAAGAUCAACAAACCUUUGUCAGUGCAAUUGGUUUUCGAAUAAUCAUUGCUAAAGGAAAAGAAAUGAAAAGACCCAAUGCUCUAGCAUACGACCAAACCCACGGAGACUGUUGCUGGUUCUCUCUCUCUCUCUCUGUUUCAGUCUGCUAUUAUUUCCAUCGUAAUUGUGUGCCUUUUUCUAGACUUACUUUCAUUUGCGUGUGUGUGCGUGCGUGUGUUUUGGUUGUUGCUUGAAAUGCACCGACAAAUUGAAGCUAUGAAUUUAUUGUUAUUGUUUUAUUGCUUUCGUUUAUCAGAAAGGGGCUUAUUCUUAGAUUGUGUCUCCAUUCCCCACGAUGAGGUCUUGUCUCAACCACAUGCAGACAUGUGGAAAGAGUUGAGAAGAAUUUCCAAUGGAUGCACUGAAAAGCUUUUUCUUUUUAAGGAAAACAAACACCUCUUCAAAGAGAUUGGCUGAUUUUUUUUAGUGGAGGGGGACAACCACCACCUCUCUCAUGUACAGACAGGUACAACCUGCCCCCGCCCCACAACGACCGUACCCCUUAUUUAUUACUUGCUUUAUUUAAUAUGUGGCAAAGUGUUUUAUAAUUAUUCCUUUUAUUAUUUGCAUUACUCUGGUUGCCUCUAAAUGUGCUUUAAAGACAGAUGUGACUGCUUUAAUCUGGAAGAAGAAGAAGAAGAAGAAGAAGAAGAAGAAGAAGAAGAGAGGAAUGUUUACCCUCUGAUUGUAACUGAAACUAGCACUUGUUUUCUAUGGGGAGGCCCUGAUGGUGAUAAAAGGUAAUCUCUCCAAAACAAAGAAAGAAUCUCAGAAUGUGCCUCCCCCCCAUACAAAUUAUCCCCCAAGCACUUUUUUUUAAAAGGGACACGCACAUAAGCAAAAGGUCCCUCUACCCUGCCCCACAAAGGGAAAUAAAAAAGAGAAAUUGCAAGAAAAUAGGAAUAUAUUGAAUGUAAAAAUAAAUAAUAAUGUUCUGGGAAUGGUAGAUCUUUGCUUUCUGACCACCAUUCUUGCUUUAAUACUGACAUUCCGUGACCUGGCUGCUGCUUUGACUGAUACGCACAAUCUCCAAGGGGUGCCUUUUGCCAGCCACUAGAUGGUAGGGGCUUGGCUGUCAUCCCUGUGGAUCCUGCCCUUUGGAAAUCCGCUCUCUAGUUGGAGAUCUUUUGUUUUUGCUUUUUAUUUCUCUCCCCCCCCCAAUGAAAGUGGGGGGAGGAAACACCUUCUCUUAUCACACAUUUGGACACUGUAAGAUAAAAAUAGAAAUAAGUUGCUUACUGAUCUGGACUACAACUCCCAUCAGCCCCAGCCAGCAUGGCUAAUGGUCAGGAGUGAUGGGAGUUGGAGUCCAGCAAUAUUUGGAGUGCCACAGAUUUCCCACCCAGCCCAGAAAUCAAGGCUGAGUUUAUUCUUGCCUUGAUAUCACCCUGAACCAUAUCUGCAUUCCUAGUUCUGCUACUGGUCAGAGAUGUGUCCUAUGUCUAUCAAAUCAGCCAUGUAUUCAACUGCAUAGAGUCCACAAAGAAGUAAUUAAGGGCUUUUGUUUUGUUUUGUUUUUUGCAUACUGUUAUCUCCCCCCCUCCCCAUUUAAUGGAAUAACUACAAACGUUAGUCUACAUUAUGCAGUAGAUCUUUUGGGCUAUACAUUCCUAUAUGAAAAGGUCCCAGUGGAUUCUCAUUGAGCUGUUUGCAUUUCAGAUCAAUAGGUUGCAAUGGAUGAUGUUUUAGCAAAGGAGCAGAAGAAUGCAGUGGCUCCAAUGGCUAACCAACCUGGUGUCACCUAUAGAAAGAUCAGGGCCAGAGCCAUACAGGUCUUUUAAUAUAUACACACUGCAUUUAAUAGCAGACGUUUACUCUAAUCGAGAGCAAGCUUGCUUAUUUGGAGAGUGUCUUGCUCUGGAUCGAGUCUGUACACACAGUUUUUGAAAUUAACUAGGCAAAAUGAAUCAGUUCCAUAAAUAUUUAACCAAUGGACCAGUCCUUUCUGAGAUGUUCCCAUUUAUUAUGUGCAUGCUCCACACAACAAUGUCCUGAACAAUAUUUUUAUUUUAAGCAGGCAUGGAAAGCCAUGAACUGUUGCCAAGGCAUAGCUGAAUAACAUGGAAUGGAUGGGGGUUUGAGUUGAAUAAUCUUCUGCGAUGUAUCAUUUCCUUUUUUUGUUGUGUUGAAUAGUUUUGGUGGAGCUCUUUUGAUUUCCUUUGGUCGAAAUGAUGUUGUGACUGACAUGAUGUGAAGGUGACCAAACUGAUGCUGGGAUUUCCCUGGAAAACUCCAUUCACAGCGGACAGUGUUCUGUUUUGUUUCCCCCUUGGUUUACUUCUGCUUCCAAUACCUCUUUCAGUGCUAAGGUCCGGAAAGAUCUUGCUUAUAGAGUCUGCACUGGCGUCCGGUACCUAACCCGAGACUUUAUUGAAGGUCCAAUACAAUCCCCUUUGUCAACAGGUCAUGGGGAUGAACAUCAAUCACCGAGUUAAAGUCUGGCUCCAAUGGAAAUUGGUAUCAUGGUCAUGAUACCUUCAAAAGAUUCAGAAUGGCACCCAUCAUCUUAAUGGAAUGAGCAAAGCCUGGACCAGAACGUCGGUGGUCAUUGUCGAAAAGCCACACCUUGUCUCUGCCAUGACUUUGAAUUCCAGGUGGUUGAUUUCCCCCUCAUCCCCUCCUUCCUCCCUCCCCCCCUUAACCAGCUAGUCAUGCAGCUCUUUUAGGACCAAAUGGUUUUCGGUAUUGAGCCUUCACUGGGCAUUUGCUCUUCAAUUAUCCAUUCACGCUCUGGUUUUGUUUUGAGGCUGGAUCAAAUGCAACCUGGUGCUCAGUUUUCAGCCUUUGGAUUGAACUCUGCUUUGGGUGCAUUGGACAGGAUCUGUUCUGAUGACAUCUGCAAACAACCCGGAGCUAAUAACAAUAAUAACCUUCUGGGUAUGUUUACCUAUUGCUCUCAAACCUUUCUUAAUCCUCUGUGAGGCAAGCACUGCAAAUGUAAAUAGUGUCAUCUAGGGGGGUAUUUGCAUCUGGGGUAGAAAGGACAGGACAGCACAGGACCCCAGUGCUGUUUGAAUAGGCUGGCAGACAAGACACCAUGCAAAGCUCUGUAGCUUUGGAUGGCAACAUCCACUGCAGAGGACUCUACUUGAACUCUUCCUUUCACUUUCUGGUUCGGAUCUGCGAAGUGCCUAGAUCCUGAGUAUUUAUGCCAGUGUAUCUGCCUGCAGCAACCUUUUGCCCUUUCUGUAACACCACUCUCUCCAGUGGUGUUGCUGGACAUAGAAGAAACCAUGCCACAAUGGGUGGCAGUUGCGAAUGCAGAAAUUGACCUCUUUUUUUUUUUUUUUGCCAGGGUAGCUUUUGCAUUUCCAUAUAAAUUGAAGCCACAGUUGGCAGAGGUCUCACACUGCAAAGAAGCUUUGUGAUGCAAGCAAACCAAUGGAUGCAAGAAACUCCUUCCACCCAUCGCAAGUCUCCUGAAUGUCUCUGGGGCAUUUCCUGGUGGCCUAUCCAAUUGCACUGGCUGGCCAGGUGGAGCUGGCUCUCCUUAGGGCAAGAUGCUAAACAAAAUAAGGGCUCAAACUGCAAGGUGCUGAGCACUCCAGGCAGACCUAGCAAAGCCUUAAGAAUGUGCUUCACCUCGAGCACUUAACUUGCCCCACUGAAGGUAAAGUCCUGAGCCCAUCACAAAGUCGCUGCGUGGUUCCCCCGGUGUGGUGCUAUAACAGAAGCCUGCAGAGAUGGCCAUGUGUCAAAUAUGUCGCUAGACCUGACAUUUCCUGCCAUUCAUUAUUUUGCUGUUGUUGAAAGGUUUAUUUUGCAGAGAUCAAAUUUUAAUCUCCCCCCCCCCCUUGCAAACCACCCUUCCCAAAGCUGCAAUCCUAUAUGCACUUUCUUGGGAGUAAAUCUCACCCAGCAUAGUGAUAUUUACUUCAGAGUAAGUGUGUGAAGUAUUGGACUGCACUUUCCAUA